GCUAAAUUGCCUCUAAUUCAAAACAAUAUUGUACCCUCAAGGAUCACGACAAUAACUGCUUGAUUCGCUUGAUCUCAUACACACGGAGUUGGAGGAUGCAUGAUUUUGUACAGCGUUGGUGACUGGAACUUAGAAGCGCCUCAGACUGAGACGGUUUCUGUAAAGGAGCUUUUGUUAUGGCUAAGAAGUGACCAAGAUGGCUACACAACUCGCCUCCUCUUCGCCCGUUGGGAUUGGCUCAUCCCUUCCAAGUAAGCUUAUUUACAAUUUAAAUUAGCGAUCAGUUAUUGCCCGUCUUUGUUUUAGUAAAUAGUUUCUUUUAUGUAUCUUUUCUUUAUCUGAAUUCUACAGCAUCGUGGGUCGUAACAUCGGAGGACCGGACCAAACAUGAGGCGACCUUCCAGAGUUUGAAUCCCAUCAGUGGUUUUCUGACAGGUAUAAAAGCCAGCUGGGUAUUAAAGACUUCUUAACCUUGAUGCCGGAUUUUCACAAUGAAGAUUAAAGUGAAAUAAAGUUUUUUCUUAUUCAUAAAGAGUACCGCAAAGACGAUAAAUUUGUUUGCGAAAAUGAAACUCUUUAAGAAGAUCAAACUAGGAAAAAGUGUUUCUCCAUUAUAUUAAUUAUUUUUUAUUUUUAUUCUUUCAAAAUAUUCCUCUGUUUGUUAUUGGCUUAAUACCCUGGCUAAUUUUUCAUAACUGCGCCAGCUAUUGCUGACCAAAUUUGGAAGUUUUUUUAUUUUAUUUAACAGUUCUCAACUAACCAAAAUUUUACACAUGUAAUGUGGAUGAAUAAGGCCAUGCAGUGGUUCAGCUGUUGUGGCAGUGCAGAGCAUGAGAACUGAGAGAAGAUUUUAAAUGGCUCAAGAAGAUACCAAGGAUACGCACAAACGCCAUUUGAAGAUUGUCAAAGUGCUUGUUUUAAAAUAUCCACAAAAAAAAUUUCCUUUCAUGCUCUGAAACUGCCGAGGAACUUGCAAAUGUUUGGAAGAAAUUCCACAUAGACUAAAUGAUGUUCUGUGCUUGGGAUCUUUUGAAUUAAAUAGUCAAGCAGACAGUGAAUUUUUUGGCUUAUGGCGCAAGGAAUUGUACAGGUGUCUAUUAUUAUUAUUAUUAUUGUCAAGUUAUUAAUAUUUUUUUGGGGGUAGGGCUGUCACUCAGGGCCCAGAGCUGGGUAUUUCUUGCAGCUUCCAUGAGCAUGGCUCCUUGCUACCUUCAUAAGAAUCAGCAGGAAAAUAGAACCAAAAGAAUUUUCUAGCUGUUCUAUUCCUCUCACACUAAUAGCAUAAUUUUCUCUGCAAUUUGAAAUCUUAGUGACCACCCUGUAUUAUUAUUCUUAUCUCAGUGCAACUUCUCUAACUAACAGGGUAAUCAGUUGACUGUCCACUUGAUCUUUUGUCUAUCUUCAAAGGUUUUUGUUGCACAAUCAUGUAACAUCAAUUAAAGCCCUGUAAAAUUAAUUUCCCCGCACAAUAAUAUAUACAGUUGAAUUAAGGGUAUUAUAUUUCUCUGUUUAUGGAGCCAGUUUGUGUCAAUACUUGUUGUGUUUUACACUGUAUGAGUAAAAAAAGGAGCUUAUUGUGAUUUUACUUUCAAAUUCCCAAGGGGAGCAAGCCAAAAAGUAUUUCCUCAAGUCCAAUCUUCCUCCAAUGGUCUUAGGUCAGAUAUGGUGAGUUUAUUGGUGAACUUUUUUUUAAUCCACUUCUGAAUCGGUACAUUAAAUAUUAUGUAGUUUUGUUCUAUUUUUUUAAGGUUGGUUAUAGUGCAAAACGAGCUGUGGGCAUGUACAGCAGUAUUCUUAUAAAAUUUCCUUGGCCUCAGGUUAUACAGCUUUAGUAACAAAAAUUUAAAUGUAUCCUAGACUAAUUAAAUUAUUUUAGAGUCAUACCUGUGUUUAACUGUCUUGUAUCUGUUAUCAAUUCUCAAAUGACCAACUCUGCCAAUAAUUGAUGUUUCACUAGGGACUUUUGUUAAAGGAGUCAAACCUGUAUUAAACUGUCUUGUACUGUAAGGGACCAACUUGGUCUUUUGUUAGAGGCAGAAAACCUGUGAGCAGUCACAUUUUUGUCUCGUCACGCAGCACUCCUUCCCAAGAAAUGGCUGCUCACAUUCCAACCACAUUCCUUUCCCGAUUUGGGCCAAUCACAAUUGUGGUUCUCUUUUCUGGAACUGUUUUUUGCCAAAUUAUCCUUUCACAUGCCAUCCAAUCAUAGUCUGUAUUCUAACAAAUCAUGUGGUGUCAAGUUGUCUCCCAGAAGGCCGUUAUUUGUCUUGUUAGAUACAUUUAAGUUCUGAAUAAAACUGAUUUGAAAUUGCUACGAUUUGAUGACCUAUCCUGGGUGAGAAUUGAAUUUGACGUCCACUUAAAGCAGUAUUUACAUUUUCUUACUUGCAAUUCUAAUGAUUUUUGAAAAAUGUGUUUGCUUUGAAAUAUAAUAUACGGUGUGCAUUUACAUGCAUGUGACAGGCCUGAUGAACAGUGCUGAUAAUCUGAUAGAAUUAGCUGUUUCUUGCCCCCAAAUUUUUUCCUCAAUGGAAAAAUUAAUGAUUUUAAGGUUUUAUACCAAGCAUUGAAUAGUUAGAGGUCGCCCAUUUCAAUGCCAAGUGUGUUUUUUUUUUCUUUUAUUUUUUACCGUGAAAACUUCAGUAUUUGAUUCAUUGUUUAUGAAAGCAAAAGAGGACCUGGCCUGUUGGGGCUAACAUCUCUGAUGUAACUGGAAAUCACAAGGGUCAUUCUUUGCAUGAAAACUGACAUCAUUUUCACUUUGCUGAUAAAUGAUUGGUCAUUUCUGUGGUUUGAUAAAACGACUGGAAAGGAAUGUGGCUGGAAUGUGAGUAGCUGUUUCUUGGGGAGGAGCAUUGCGUGACAAGACAAAAAUGGCUGCGAGGGAGACUACCAAGAGUUUGGUAGUUCCCCGAGUUCCUGUGAGCAUUGCCCUCACCUACUUUUAUUGGACAGGAAGGGAAAGCAAAGCCAAAAGAACUUCUAUUGCUUGCACAUUUAGGCAGCAAAUAAGUGACGUUCCUGAUAGACAAUGACCACUUACAGCUGUAAGAUGGGUUUGACUGUACAUUGUGAACUCACAAAAUGUACUUUCAAGAUUAUGUUGUGAAACAAGUACAGUCAAACCUCUUUAAUAUGGACACCAAAGGGACGGAACCAAGUGUCCGCUUCACAGAGGUGUUUGCAUUAUAGAGGUAGGGUAUGUAUGAUUUUUGGCAUUUCUCGGUCCAAACGAACUGUCCGUGAUGGAGAGGUGUCCAUAUUAUAGAGGUGUCUGUAAGGAGAGGUUAGACUGUGUACUGUACAUAUACACUUCCAUUCAGUUACAUAUCUACAGUCCAUACUCCUCUUUCCCGACUAUUACUAAAAGUGCUUGCAUUUUCUUCAUAUACAUGUCAAUGAAAGUGUGCUUAUGUUUGGGUUUCAAUGAAGACAUGAUUUUAACCUCUUUGGAUUACAUAUCACUUGCUUGUACAGUGUAUUUCCAAUCUGUUUGGAAUUACUUUCAGUGACAGUUGUUUUAUUCUUUGUUGUGUUAUUCAGGAACCUUGCAGACAUAGAUCGUGAUGGCAAGAUGACCAUGCAGGAAUUCACCAUUGCAGUACAUCUUAUUCAAAGUAAGCUAAAAGGAAUUGAACUGCCGACAUCACUUCCCAACAGUCUGAGAAUGACUUCCAUGCCUAGUACUUUUCUUGUGGGUCAGAAAACUAAACCUACAACAGAUUGGAGUCAGUCGGGAAAUCCACAAGUGUCCAAUGGCUUCUCUAAGGUUGGCAUGAUGACCAUGCCACAUAAAUCUGUUACAUCAAGUAUUUCCUGGUCUGGAGUGAACCAGUCCCCACCACAAACAAGAGCGGUACCAACCUCUUCUUCUUCAGUCUUUGGUUCAUCAUUUGGGCCAUCCUCAUCAGCAACCCUGCCGUCAACUUCUCUCUCAAGCUCAUUAAACAUUGGUAUGAGUAGCGGAUUUAACGCAGCUUCCUCAAAUGCAUCAUUACUUAAUGGACCAGGAAAUCAACUUCAAACCAGCUUUGGGCCUGGUUUAGGUAAUGUCCAGCGGACAAAUUCACUGACUGGAGGUUUUGGCCCAGCACCAGGGCCUUAUGGGACAAUCACUCCUGCACAUAGACUUAAAUAUAACCAAAUGUUCAAAGCAAACGACUUUAAAAAAGCAGGAUUUUUAUCAGGUAGGGAUUGUUCAAAUUGUGCUUUUGCUGUCAUGCUGAUAGUAUUUUCAGGGGGUUGGGAGAGGGGUGGGGUACAGUAUGACCAAUUAAUUUAGGUAGUUUAAUGUACAUCUUCCAUUCAAAAAUCAGAAAAGGACAUCCCAGAAAUACAUGUAGGGUUACAUGUACAUGUACUUAACACUCUCUGGAGAAUAAGCUGGGGUGAGUACAAACACAUGUAGAUUAAAACCAAAACUCUGUCUUUGGGGGUAAGGGAUCAGGGUUGUCAGAAAGUUUUAAAGUAGACAGCUGAGUUGUCAGAGUAAGUGGCCAGUCCAGGGAUAUUUUUUUUUAAAUAAUGCCAUCCAUAAAGAAAAUAAUGCCAAGCAGGGUAGCCGGCUGAUACUAACUAAGGAGGCGGCAAUUUUCGCGGGCAGCCGGCUACUUUUGACCACCCUGGGGGGUAUGGAUAUUAUUUUCUGGAACCACCUCUAGGUUGUUAUGCCUUUCUAUAAGAACAUUUCUCACUUUCCCGUGAUUACAGAGGCACCAUCUGAAGGGUUACAGCUGUUGCUUUUUUCAUAAUCAUGAUAAAUAUUUUUAGUUCGUUCUAUUUGUCUGGUAGUUACAGGUGAAAUUUUAUGAUUUUGCCUGUGGAACUGAUGUGCUUUCCAUGCACAUGUGCGCAUAGUGAAGCUUUGAGCUAUUUUUUUCUUUUUCAUUUUGAAUUUAGGUGAUCAAGCUAGGAGUAUGUUAAUUCAGUCUGGUCUUUCACAAGGAAUUUUAGCUCAAAUAUGGUGAGGAUUUACAGGGUAUCAUCUAUUGUCUUAUUGUGAAUCUGAAGUGACAAAAACAAGUAUGCAUGUUCAGCAUACCAAACUACUUGCUUGUUAAGCUGCAUGUACCAACUGGUUUAAUUUUUGAUGGUAAUAAUCAUAGAAAAUAAUUAUGUACACUGCAUAUAUGCAUACAUGUGUACUUAUAUCAUUAUUGACAUCGAAGUAACUUAAGUAGUAUAGGUUUUAAUCCCAGUUUACAAAGAUUAAGAAUCUGUCAAUGAAUGCUACCUGGAUUAACUUUAAUCUCUGUUUAAGUUUCAUUUUUCUUUGUUUCAAAGUAUUAGAACAUACUUUGUUUUUCUUUGUUUCAAAGUAAAUAUUACAUACUUUGAAACAAGAAAAAUAAAUUGCAACAAGAGUAAAGCUAAACCACAGUACAACUGUAUAUGCACAUCACAUAACCCAACGAGUAAGUUCAUACACUCUUAAUUUUAAAUUACAUGGCACUAACUUUACAACACGUGUUCUUGUCAGGCAUCUGUCUGAUUUAGACAAAGACGGACAGCUUAACAUAGAAGAGUUUGCCUUGGCGAUGCACUUUGUUGAGAUAGCAAAGCUUGGUCAGCCCCUGCCGCCCUCAGUACCACCAGAGCUACUUCCUCCAUCAUACCAGUCACGACAAGCCACAGUUACUAAUUUCCCUCCUGCUCAAGAUGGCAGAGAGAGGUCUGACAGCGGUCGAGAAAGAAGUGGAAGUGUGGAAGGCAAAUCAAGAUCUAACAGUGUGACAAUUUGUAAGUGAGGCACUUAAUGGACCAGCACAUGGAAUAAUGCCCUUAAAUAUAGAUUAUAGUCCAAUUUAGCAAAUUCAGCAUAAAGCAGGUUUGUAAACCUAAGAAAAAAGCAAUUCUCAUGUUGACUGUAAGUAACUGCUGAUCUGAUUUUAAUAACAUCAUUGUUUGCAGUACAAAACAUAGGAGAUUUAAAAGUAAUUGGAUGUACAUAUGCAGUAUUCACUUAAGUUUUCAGAUUCUUAAUCUCUUGAGGAAUGUUUUUAUUUUGGAUUCACAUAUCUUGCUUUUGGAUGCAACUUGCUUUGCACACGGUCAUAAUUUUGGCACGAGAUGAUGAUAGUGAUGGGGCACCAAGUUGAAAAGGGCCACUUAAAGUCCACGCUGAAGCUCCAAUGUCAUUUUUAUUUUCUUAGGCAGGCCAGGCUACGUGUACUUGACUUAUGUAUUUUACAGUCUCAUUGAAAAAUAGUGCCCUUUAUCUCUAACAGGAAUAACUUAUUUUUAUUCACAGUCACUUUUGAAGACAAGCGAAAAGACAAUUUUGAAAAGGGGCGCUUAGAACUUGAAAGAAGGCGCAUGGAAUUGCAAGAAAAGUUAAAAAAAGAAAAGGAUGAGAGGGAGAGGAAAGAGGCAUUGGAGGAAGAAAGAAGACAAAGAGCAAAACUCGAAGCUGAACAAAAACGACAAGCUGAGUUGGAGAAGCAGAGGCAGCAGCAGCUUGAAAUGGAGAGAGAGCAAGAAGCAUUGAGAAAGAAAAUGAUUCAACAGAGACUUGUAAGCAAAUGUUUAUACACCUGUGUACUGUAGUUAUUGUCAUUACAUUGUACUACAUACAUGUAUAAGGCUCUGUUACAUUUGUGUCCCAAAUCGUGAUUUCCAGACAUUGGUUUUUUUGGACUACAGUAUUGUGCUACAGUGUACAAACAUGCUUCCUUGUUAGGGGAAAGGUCGGGAGAGGACAAAGAUGGGAAAAAGUGAGCUUUCAUGUACAUUUUGUGUGUUUUGUAACCUUUGGUUCAGACUUUGUGGAAUAUAUUAUUAUGCACAUGAACAGUGUAUUAAAGACGAAGAAGGUGCAAAAUCAGUCAAACAAAGAUACAUUAUUGUAUUAUUAAUUUACACAUCAAAUUGCAAAGCAGUUUUAGCAGGCCUGUAUAGAAUACAUUGUGUAAUAUUAAUGCAUUUCAGUUUUUACUUAUGCAAUGUUUCUUCUUAAAAAAAGGAUGCAAUAAAGAAGGGAAAAUGGCUAAUAUUAGCACAGACGAUAAAAAAAAUCCUAGUGGUGGUACAUAAUGCUGUGGUUGUCUAAGUUGUAACUGAGCCUGAUGAUUAAACUGUCCAUGCACCACUCAGAGAUUAAAUUAGUGUUGAUGAUGGAAUUUAUGAAGGAUGGUUUACUUGACCAUUUAACAGUCAUCUUGCCUCCAAACCAUCACCAAGAACCAAGAAGUCAACUCCACCAACAAAUAACUCUGAAAUCCGUGAAAUAAUUGACAUAGUUUACUUAUUUAGGAUUACUUACCUACAUGUAGGAUUUUGACUUAUUUGUCAAGCUUAUUUGAAUGCCAAGUUGACUUAAAUACAAAUAUUUGGAUCCUAACUGACAAUCCUUGAAUCCAACUUUUCAUUGCCUUGACACUCUAAAGCCACCAGUCAUGUGUUUAAAGUAUGAUUAAGUGGCAGUUUCAGGGCUGUCAUCAAGAGCCGAGAGCCGGGGAUUUCCCCGAGCUACUAUGGAUGUGGCCCCUGGUCACUUUCAUAGGAAAAUAGAAGAACAACAGAACCAAAAGAAAUCCCUACUUAUUUGAUUCCCCACCUACAUUGUACUUGUUGUAUUAAUUACCCAGCAACUUAAAAUCUUAGUGACAUCCCUGAGUUUAGAGAAAAUUUAUGUUCAUGAAAGUUCUUUUCAUUUGUUUGUGUAGUUAGUACUUUUUAAGACAACUUUAAUGACUAGCAGUAGGGUGUGUAUGUAGCCUGCUUUACAGUGAUGGGAGAAACUGAUACCCAUGGAACUUUGUUUCAGUUCCACACUGUCUCUGUUAAUUAAUAUUAUUUUGUUGCUUUUUAGGCUGCUCAAAUUGAAGCUGAGAGACAACGACAACUAGAAUGGGAAAAACGAAAAAAAGAAGAAUUAUUAAAUCACAAGAACUUAGAGCAAGAUAUAGUCAACAACCUUAAAUCAAGGGUUCAGAAAUUGGAGGAAGAGUUACUCAAAGUUGUAAGUGUUUUUGUUAUUGUGUCAUGAAUUAAUAAAAUGCAAUAUUAUACUGUACAAUAUGAUAAGGGAAAAUGUAUCCUUGUCAGCCUUUGAUGACUUUUGGGUAGCUCCCUUUACAUUUUAAGGUUUGAUAUAUUUUUCUACUAAAACAAGACAAUGUAGAUAAACGGUAUUUUAUUCCUAGAGAACUUUUUUGUUUGUUUGAAUCCAAUUCUUAUUGUACCUUUUGUUUGUUUGAGUUUGUGACACAUUUAUUUUGUAUGCUUUUAUAGAGCCAGGCCAAAAAUGGGGUACAAGAGACCUUAGAUAAUGAAAGACAGACCUGUAUGCAGUGUCAGACAUCACUGAACCUUAUAAAUCAGAGUAGAGAGAUGAGAUUUGCAGAAAUUAGUAGAGUGCAGUGUGAUAUCAAGGUAAGUCUAGAAUUUCCAGGUUUGGGCCAUCCAAAAGAAAGCCCUGAAUGACUAGAAGAAGAAGAAACUUUAUUAAUUUAUACCGCUCAGGGUAGCCCCUUCAGACGCAAAAAGCUGUCUGUUAUCAAUGGGAGCCCUGAGCAACAAUGCACAAAAACCACACUAAACAUAUAAACAUCACACUAAUACAGGUAAUAAUAUAAAUAGAAAACUAUUUUCAAUUAAAAGAUUAAAAGAUAUAAAACACGAAAUAUCAUUAAGAUAAUUCGUUAAAAAGAGGGCAACCAUAAUAAUAGCAGGAUCUUUUUGCAAUUUCAGUUCUCACAGCAGGCGGAUGUAAGAGGUUGCUUUGUCUAGUAGCGCGCGCAUGGAUUGUAUUAUUACGUUUAAAAUAUUGUUUAAAAUUUUGAGGACAUUGACUGAUAAACCACUAGAAAUUCUCCUGCUAAAUUAUCUGACAAACAAUAAUGUCAGUCUUACAAAGCGUGUCGAGAAAAGUUGCAAGAAAGCAGCAAGGGAGUUGAAGAAAGAUCGAGAAGUGGAGCCUGUAUUAAAUGGUUUUUCUGGAAGUGACCAAGGUACACUGCAGUGGGCAGACUAAGGUAUUCUAAAAGAUGCUUGUAGGCUCUCCCCAUCUCUCUUUCCAUCAUUUUUUGUUGCUUGUUUUUCCCUCCUUGUCUGCUUUUUUUGCUUGUCUGCACUGACUGAAAGCCUGGCACAGGCUAAUCUCUGAGCAACACUGUACAGUGUAACACACAGCUCAAAAACUUACUAAUACCAUUCCUCUAACUGUGUCAGGUUACCCAUCACAGGCACAAAAAUGUAAUCGUAACACAUAUUAUUUGUAAUAUUUAUUUGGCAUUGUUAUUGUGUGUGUGUGUGUGUUUUUUUAGGAAUCUCAACAAAGAAUAGUAGUAAUGAAAAAAGAGAGUGAAAGGCUUGCUCAAGAAGUUAAUCAAUGUGAUACAAACAAAUUAGGUAUAUUGUAUUAAAUUUUUUCUUAUUUAUUCUUUUGUUGCUAUUAAAGGGGUUUUGGAUUAAAGAACUACAUGAAGGAAGUCCUUGUGUACAGCUCACUCAAAAUUAAAUGUUUGUGCUGACAGCUAUAAAUUUUUCCAAGACAUUGCACAUUUGGCCUUGUACAUGUUGUAGUUAAUUUUUAUUUCAGUUAAUUUCUAUUAUUCCAUUGUUUCUGGGUAUGGUUAUGUAUGCUAAUGAAUUUAAAACAAAGGAAAACCAAAAAUUAACUGGAAUAAAAUAAUUAUUAACUGCAACAUAUGCGAGUUGUGACUUUCUCAAUACUUUCUUUGACGUGGACAAGAUAAAUAGUACACUGACAUGAAUGAACAUCAAACAGUGACAUGUAUCUGUGAUAGCAGAAAUAAAUCAACUACCCUCAAAAAAGAUGUGAGUCCAUGAUGGGGAAGCAAGUAAACCACUAAUUGCUAAGAAUGACCAGCUACUAGAAUGAUAUAACUUGACUUUGUAAUACAUGUAUCAUUUCAACUUGCAAGAAGUCGUUUCACUAAGUAAGCAUCACACCAUUAUGUGCCUUGUGUAAAUUUAAAAUAGUGUUACUGAAUUUUCAGGGGACACACAUGGGAAUUUAAUGGCAAGUGUUCAAGAUUCACGAGGAAACCUAAGACGACUGCAAACUUUACAGAACAACAUGGAGAGAGUCCUUGCUGAAAAGUUAAAAGAGUUAGACACAAUAAAUGCACAAGUCAAAGUAAGUACAAGUAAAGUCAUUUAAGAGAGUUUCCUAUACCACAAUAAUAAUUAAGCUAUUGUAUACCUGUAGCUCAAACACAGACAUUCAGACACAAAACUGUAAUCCACUUUUACCAAUCCUCUAGGAUCUGAACACAAGUAUUGCACAACUUUCUGGUCAAAAUACCAGACUACAGCAAAUUUCAGAAGCAAAGCAGAGAGAAUACACCACUUGGAAACAACGAAAAGAUGAGGAAGAGAGGCAGCGAAAGGAGAUGGAGGCUAAAAGGAAACGAGAGGAAGAAGAAGCAAGGAAACAAGCGGAAAGAGAAUUAGAAGGUGAGAGUUGUUUAGUGGAGAGGCAGUUCAAACAUCGAACUUUUUAUGUGCUGAAUGUAAUCUCUUCAGUUAAGGACAUGAAAAGAUUGACGUUUGAAUCAAUUAAGUCUGACACAUCUAAUUUGGGUCAACCUAUGAGUGAAGUGCGAGUGGCCCACAUGUGGAGCAACAUUGUUUCAGAGCUCAGGUCGGAUUUUUCAUGUGCUCAACCUAAUGCAUAAAUUACUAUAAUUUAUUUUGACUGGUAAUCAUUUUAGAUCAUUGCAGAUCAUGAAAAUGAAUUGAGUCCAACUAAUUAUGUUCGAUGUCUGAAUCAAAAUAUUAAUGUCAAACUUAUAAGAUUCAGGUCGAACGACGCGACCCAAAUACAGUAAGUAUUAGGUUCGGUACAUGAAAAGUUUUGUGUUUGAACUGAUUGCCUCCUGCCAGUUGGGGUUUUUAAUUUUGUUAUGUAAUAUUUGAAUUAUUGUUUGUUUCUAAGUACUUGAGUGGAGUGCCUGUAAACUAGCUGGAUAAGCUAAUUUCACUCUCCACUAUAAACAAGCCUUUAACCUUUUCUUUAACUCUGAGGUUGAAAAUGAGCCAAACACAACAAAGAUACAUGUACAGUGUAGGAGGAAGCAGCGGAUAAAUGAGUGGCUGAGUUCCCUGAGAGACCAGCCACUUAAAACCUUAAUGAUGACGCAUAAGAUUAUUGAACAGAGGUUUACAUUUUAUGUAGGAACAAUCAGUGAACAAAGGACUGCUUUUAACAGCUCAUGAUGGUUAUUGGAAUCUUCUGUAUAAAGAAGUCUACUACAUGUAUGAUGUUGAAGCAUUUGUCACUAUUAACAAACAAAUGCUUACAAAAUGUAAAAGCCAGCAGAACUAAGCCUGUACUCUUAAAUACUCUUAGUAAUUUGGUUUUCAUUAAUGUUACGUAAUUUUUCUUUGUAUGUGACACAUUUUGCAUUAUUUUAAGACUCUCUUUAUGUAAGGUUUUAGAUUGACAGUGUUAUGUGUUAUAGAUGAAUUCUGAAAAUAUAACAACCACUAAAAACGUUUUCUAUUUUGUUGUUUGUUGCAACCUCCUUUCUUUUUACUGCUUAAUUGAAUGCAUACUUUAGGCAUUACUCCUGCUUUUUCUUAGCUAGUGCAAUCAAAUUGCCUUUAAAAGACAGAUUUUUCUCAUAGGACAUCACUUUCAUCUUUUUCUACAUUUAUACAGCCAUGCGCCAAGAACAGGAAAAACAAAGAAAAGAACAGGAAAUGAGAAGAAGGCUUAAUGAAGCGAAACAAGCGGAAGAAGCAAGGCGUCAGGAAGACUUCAAAAAACAACAGCUUAUAAAAAAAGAUAAGAUUCUGGUCCAGCAACAGCAGAUGCUGGUAACAAGUCCUCCAUCAAAAAUCUUACCAUCCAGCAGCAUAUCAUCUAACAUUGAUCCUUUCAGGAGUGUAGCUACUGUGCGACAAAUUAGCAGUGAACAGACCAGCACUACCAAGACGUCUGGUGGAGACGUGAAGCAGAAAGUGUUAGCAAUGCAACAGUUAAUUAAGGAGCAAGGCUCAGAUGUUAGAGCACCGCCCACCAGUAAGAAUAUUAACCCUUUAAGCCCCGAUAUCCACUUACAAAUUCUCCAUACUGAUCUCUAUACAUUUGCAUUAAGAAUUAGUUGAGAGAAUUUGAAAAAAGAUCACGGCAUUUUCACUUUGGUGAUCAUUUUAUUAAUUCUCAUAACCUUUUCUUUUGAUAAUGUAUGGAAAAUUUUAUUAGAAAAUUGAUGUUGGUCACCAUUGGGACUUAAAGGGUUAAAGAAUUAAAAUAACUUUAAAAUGUAAUGUAAUUGUAAGACUUAGGAGGAAAAAGUGCUUAAGUAGUGGUAGUAUUUUGAUUAUUUUGCUCAAAAAAGGACAACAAAGGACUUCACCACUUUUUUUGUUGGUUCCUUGUUUACGGUGUUCUCCGGAAUUUUUUUUUUCUUUUUAAGGAAAAGAAGAGAAAAUACAUAACUAGGCAUAUUAGAUUAAGAAGACACAGUCCCUGAAAUCAUGCAGUACAGUAACUCAUGCAUGGGUGCUGCCUUCCUUCCACUAGGACAGUAGGGGGGAAAGGCAGGGAGGGGGGGAUGGGGCUGUGCUGAAAAGUGCAUGCAGUGCAUUUUGAGUAAUGACCCAGAUUCCUUUGUGUCCCAAUGCCAAUUGUUCAUCAUCAUGAACAUUAUGAUAAGGUUUAGGAAUAGCCUGCGAAAACAUCCGUUUCUCCUCGCUCUUCGCCGCUGGGGACGUUUCGCGAGGAGGAACGUCUGCGACUCAGCGACGGAAAUUCCAUACUGAUGACGCAAAAUCUGUCCGGAAUCUGGUCAGAAGCGCUGAUUGGUCGACAGAGUAGUUACAUUGUUUUAGCUAUUGUUUACGAAUGACAGACAAAAGACAAAAGGCCACAGAGGUCAAAUGUAAACGCGAAGAAUCUCUAGCAAAACAGUCAAUAUUUGUUGAAUAUACUCUUCUCUAGAAGAAGAAUUUGAGUUCUGCUGGAGCUCGUUGGCAGAUGAACACAAAAAUUUACCAAAAUCGACCAGAAGACACGUAAAACUGUACAAAUUUGUAUUUGGAACCCCAUGACUACCGGAUUUAUUAUGUAGACAUUGAUUUGCGUCAUCAGUAUGGAAUUUUUGCCACUGAAUCGCAGACAUUCCUCCACGCGAAACGUCCCCAGCGGCGAAGAGCGAGGAGAAAUGGAUGUUUUCGCAGGCUAGUUUAGGAAAAAAAUUGAGAAUCAAACUAGGUUGAAACCAUUAAUUUAUUUAAACGUUCAAGCCCAAGUGCCCAAAUAUUAUUAUUAGUUGUGCUGUUUUACCCUUGGCCUAUAAAUGUAGGUACACUUUAAGCAGUUUUCGUAUUAACCAUGAAUUGCUAACUCGUAGUGUUUCUAUGAAUUGCAGAUCUGUUUAAACCAGUGGUUACACCAAAAGAAUACUACAAAGCCUUGUAUGAGUUUGAACCCAGAAACCCUGAUGAGCUGCAGCUGGAUGAAGGCGACGUCGUUGUGGUAAGAUACAGCGUUAUAAUGUACAUUCAUGAUAACUUAAUAGUUCUUCUGACAAAACUGUGAUCUUUGAUGGUCAGCCCUACAGAGGAAAAAACAUUAACUACACACUUCAAAAAAGUUCCUGAAAAUUUUAUUUGCAGUCAAUAUACAGUACAUGUCGAUGACUGCUUAUCUGGGAAAUUAUUGGUGAAAAAAUUAUUAAUAGAAACUGAUUAUUUUCUUUCAUUGUAAAUGAUUUGAACCUAGGAGUCAUGUCAUAAGUCUUCUGGGUUGGUGUAGCAGAUACGUGCAGUACUGUUAUUACUAGUAAACGGUGACUGACAUGUUUUUCAACAAUCUGUACAGAACUUAGAGUUAUUUCCCACGCACCUGUUUUUGUCUCACCACAGAGUGUUGUGUGAAGAGACAAAAACGGCUGCAGGGGAGACUAUCACCACAGUUGCAACUCUGCUAAUGACUGACUUAUCCAACGUUUGUUGAAACAUCAGCUUUGGUAAACAGAAGUCUUUUGAGGACUACGCUCACCCAGAUGAUCAUUAUUUAUGUCACCCAGUCAUUGUCUUUCAAUUUUCAUUCAGAUUGACCAAGGUGCAAGAACACCUCCUCCAGGGUGGCUGUAUGGUGAGACAAAUGGCAAGAAAGGUCUGUUUCCUGAAAACUAUGUGGAAAAAAUAACCGAGGAAGAAGCUAAAGGUGCAGGGAAGCAAGACACCAUUAGUGUUUCACCUCCAGAUAGCUCAUCUACAGUCAAGUCACUUUCUGCAGCACUCAGCAUGCAGUUUGCAUCUGGGGGCUCUCUUGGUGGGUCAGCUUUGGCUAGGCAAACCUCUUCAGAUUCAAGUGUCAGAGUGGCUGAGGUAAGUGCUAGAGAUGACAAUUAUAGCCCCCUCAUGAUGUAGGAAUUAUUUGCUUGUUUAAUCCAGAAUCCAGGAAAAUUAUGCUUGUGGAUUCCAGAAUUCUGGGCUUUAGAAUCGGGAAUACAAGAAAUCCAACACUGUCUUGGAUUUCCUUACAUGGGUCCAGAGCAUCCUUUACAAUCAACAAGCUUUUUUAUUUCUACUGUCAAACUUCUUUCUCUUGAGAAAGGGACAUGGCUGUUUAGUAGAAGUCCUGUAAACAAUUAUAUUUUCCUGACAAUUUUCUCUGACUCCAGCAGCUAAAAUUAAUAGAGGAUGAUCUGUUAUACAUGUAUUUAAAAUACAUUGUAGGGGUUUGAUUAUAGCCCUGAUAUACAGUGGAACUUCGAUAUAACAAAGUGCCAAGGGACUGGCAGGAUAUUUUUGUUCGCUAUAAUGAGGUUUCAUUAUAUCGUGGUACUUUUCCAUUAUCUGACUAUUACUGGGCUAAAGAAAAUCGUUUGUUAUACCGAGGACUUCGCUAUUAUAAAAUGGUAUAAAGGUUCCACUGUACUCAACAACAAAAAAAAAACCCAUAGAAAAAAUUAAUCUGCAAUUCAGUCUUCUACCCUGAGUAGGGAACAAUUCCUAUUGUUUAGAUGAUAAUCUGUUCAUGUUGUCCUUCAGCAGCAUGGGUAAAAAUAUUAGAUCCCUGGUGAUGUUGUUGAUCAGCAAAAGCUUGGAUCUUAAUUUUGUUUUCUAAACAACAGUUUAGCGCCUUACUAUAACUAAUUUUUUAUUUUUAGACGUUGUAGUUUGGUGAAAGUGUUGCUGGCUGUUUACUGUAAAAAUGAGGGUUUUCUUGAUUGUUUCUUUUUAUGUUCUUGAAAACUGGGAAAUACAAUAGGUCAUUGAAAAGGAAAGAUAAAGAAAACACUUGUGCAUGUGCAGCUGUGGUUAAAUCUUAUAGUUACUUUAUUUUUUGGAACUAUUUUAUUUAUAUAUUUACUUUUGUUUGAUCUUUACUCAUCGUUCAUAACUAUAAUACACGAAAUUUGGGACCGAGUAAGAAAAUAUGAUUGAACUACCUCGUUAUAUAAAUGAAAGGUAGAUGUACAUCUGUUCUUUUCUGGUGGAUUAUUUUCUUGCUUUCUUGAUAUAUAUAAAAAAAAAAUAUUUACCGGUAGUGCACCGCCAAACCUUUGAAAGCCUAAUGAUUUAACUGUCCAUGCACCACUCAGAUUGUAAAAUGUUGAUGGUGGAAUAUUAUGAAGGCUUACCAGGUGACACCAAUAAAUUGCAAAUUAUCACAUUAAAUACCUUUUUAUAACCGUGUCACAAUAUUUCUGUUUUCUUUCUUAGACUCCUAAAGCAACUACCAGCCAGCAGUCCACAUCAGAAGGUUUCCGAGUUAUGGCAUUGUAUCCUUACAGAGCGAAAAAGGACGACCACUUAUCUUUCAACAAAAAUGAUGUUAUUAUUGUAAAAGAACAGCAGGAUAUGUGGUGGUCUGGGGAACUCAAUGGCAAUAUGGGAUGGUUUCCCAAGUCUUAUGUUAAACUACUUGGUGGGACCCUCAAAGCUUCAGAGUAAGUUUAGGGCUGAAAAAGAGCUUGAAGUUAUGAUUGGCCUUUUUCUUGUCCUUUGGACAAGUUGCUGUCAGUUUUUGCUCGCCCAGGGCAGCUGCAUGCUAGUCUUUUAGUACUUAGUUGGAUAGAAAAUGUGAUAUCUUCGGCUAGUGAUAAGUCAACGAUGGCGUGCAGAGUUUUUUCUUUUAUUCAGUCACCGGGAAGUGGGUGGAAAAACGAGGGGCUGUCAACUUCUAGAUGUCUGGAUAUGGGAUGGAUGAAAAUCUGAGCGAUGUGUUAGAUAGAGCUUCUCAAGUGAAAAGUAAUUUUGGUAUAGAUUCCUAGCAACGUUUGGAAAAUUAUAUGAUACUGGUGAUCCAAUAAUUAUUCAUACAACCAGCAUGGUAGUAAUUUCCUUUGUUAUUAGCAGUAUUUCACCAAAAAGUUUCUCAUUUCUACUCAUAAGCUACAUGUACUUUUACUAUAAUGAAGCUAUCAUUUUAACAUGUAGUAGCUUUUGAGAGUGCUUCCCUUUUGUUCACUGUGUCACUGUGAUACUUAUCUUUUUUGUAGAACAAAUGGCACAAUGGCUAAGGAAACAUCAGUUAAAGAAACAACACCAGCUGUCCCUCCCCCUGAAACAAAACCCAGUCCUCCUACAACUCUGUUUGGUAAGUUUUAUCCCACAGAUCCUCACGUCCCCCGAGUCUGUUCACAGUCCCCUCCCCCCGCCCCCCAAUUUAACGGCCGCCUUGUUAGCUCAGUUGGGAGAGUGCCGGCCGGUCUGCUGAGCGGGAGGUCGCGGGUUUAAACCCCGGCUGGACCAACACUAAAGGUCUUUAAAUAACUGAGGAGAAAGUGCUGCCUUUGUAAUGACAUCUGCAAAUGGUUAGACUUUCUAGUCUUCUCGGAUAAGGACGAAAAACCGUAGAUCCCGUCUCACAGCACUUUCACUGAUCUGUUCUUGUGGGACGUAAAAUAACCCACACUACUGUUCGAAAAGAGUAGGGGACGUAGACCCCGGUGUUGUGGCCAACCUCUACGGGUUGUGGGAUUGAGUAGGGAUGGCACCUUGCAUGGGACCUAUGAGUGCCGUUCGUACCGAUUCUCUCUGGGCAGGCCUGUGUCCAGAAAAAUCUUGUAAAAAGUAAAAUAAAAAAUGUUUUCAUACGAUUAUUUCAUAUGUACCGAGAGGGAGGGUGUCGGGGUUCCCCGACUAUUAAGCAGAUUUUACACUCACCCAAGAUGGACACCCGUAGUGCAGAAUCUUUGAUCUUGACGAUCUUGCGACAAAAUAGGGGACUGUGAACAGUCUUACGUCCCCACUUCUCUCUCCGCUACUCGUAUUUUCGGCUUCGAUAUGUGAUUGGUUCAUGGCGUUGUCAUUGGCUAUAGUAAUUUCCGUUGUUUUGGUAUCAAGGCUUUCAGAGCACUAACACUAAUUUCUUUCCUGGCUGCAGAGUGUGUAGCGCUUUACGAUUACACGGGUGAGGCCGGCGAUCUAAGCUUUACAGCGGGGGAUGUGAUCAAAGUUCGCAAGGAUGAAGGUGAAUGGUGGGAAGGAAGCUGUAAUGGAGAGGAGGGGCUUUUCCCUGCUAACUACGUCAAAAGGAAGGAUAUUGAGGUAACUUUUGUUAGUCUCUUUAACCCUUGUCACUUCCAAGCUUGCUGAAAUUCAAAUUCAUGAAAGGGCAAAGCUUAGUCCACGUCGCAGAGGUAAUCGAACCCCGGCUUGUCACGUCUGCGAGGCAGUGCCAAGAUCCUUGUUCUGAAUUCCCAACGGAAUCAGGAAUUAUUGGAAGUGCGUUUUGAAUUACCCUUCAACGUGAUUUGCCAGUCAAACACCGUUGUUUUAAACUGGCCAACCAUGGCGUUUACUCAAAUCCUGGUACACAGCCGCACGCCCAAAACAAGGAUUUCGGCUCUGGCUCUGGGACGGACUUAAACGGAGGUCUAGUUUUCGUCUGAGGCGCGGCUAGCAAAGCUCUGAUGUGUAAAACACAUAAAAAACAAAUGGCAUCUAUAGACCAAUUUUUGGUAAGUAAGACCAGCACCUCGCUGGUCCACUGGACAUGUGGAGGUCAAAAGCUUUAAAACGGUACUCUAUCUUAAAUGGACGGCGCUUGAGGAGGCUAUGUUACGCUGUUUCCCCUAUUUUUUAAAAGAUAAAACGUGUCUUCGCAUCAGUUGAAUUCCAAAAAAAUAAUAAAGACAGGGCCUGACAUAACGGCCAGUAAACGGACAAUGUCCGGUUACAAACUAGCCGUUGUCUGUUCAAGUUCUUGGAUGAUCUAACAGUUUGUCCGGUCGUUUACGCUUCUAAUUGAAAAAAUUUAUCCGCAACUUCCGAUUUUAUGUAAGGUUGGACAUUAUUGGCGAUCGUGAAAAAAAAACGGAAAGUAAAAGAAUAAUUGAUUCAUAAUGAUGGUUUUGAAAGAGGGCCGCUGUAAUGUGCGUGCCGCGCUUUCUGCGUUCAGUGAAAUGUUUCAUGUACAUUAAAAGCCUAAAUUUACUUGUUUGAUAUUUAAACAUUGCGGAAAGUGGAGGCUUUUAUAGUGAUGUGAGGUAAUAGAUAGUAUUUGUCCUGCCAAAAACGGGUCGUGUCUGAGCAAGCAAAGCCGUUUGACCGGCGCCAAAAGGGGAACUAUUUUAAGCCCUGAGUGGUCCACUUUUGUCAUUUUUAUUCUAUAUUUAGGCAUUGAAACUGUUUCCUGUCAUGGGUUGCAGCAUGGCGAGAAUGGACAUGGAUAAAAACUUGAAAAAAAUUAGGCUAACCUUUUCAAGUUUUUUUUUCAGUCAUUUAAGUUAUUGCUCCCUGAUGAAAUUUGUUUGUUAUCUUCAUUACUCUACAGGAGCAUUUUUUGUAUGGGUAAGGGCUCUAAGUACCCGGGGUCUAAGUAAUGACUUCAGCGCAGAAUAGGACAAUUGGCCACUCCAGAAAAUACCAUAACAUACCAUAAUGCUUUUUGAUUGUCGCCCCAAAGUUUUGCAUAAGCAUUGUCUUCAGUUUCUCUUGGGAGUUAAAAUGGCCCCAAGAGAAACUGAAAACAAUGCUUAUGCAACAUUUUGAGGUGACAAACAAAGAACAUUAUGGUAUGUUAUGGUAUUUCUGGAGUGGUCAAUUGCACGAUGACGAUAUUUGACUACAACUACCAGAAUUCAUUUCGGUUUUGCUUUGUUAUUUAAAUUUUAUCAAUCCCGUUGAGGAUUAAAGAACAAUAGCCUUAAUUUGCACAAGAACACAACAAACUCAAGUAAAAUGACGUCAUCGUGCAAUUGUCCUAUUGACCUUUUAACGGAAAUAUCCUCGUGACAUAACCCCUUUCAGUGUUCGUUCGAUAAAAUGCAGAGGACCCUUGAUCAGUGUUCAGUUUUACUCUUGAUUUGGUGGAGUAAAAGUGAAAACCAAGCAUUAUUUUUUUUUUAUUUUAUUUCAGGCACCAAAGGCUGCCCCUCGUAUUAAACCAGGUAAGCAGUGGAAAUAUUUUUCACAGUGCAUAAUGGUGUGGCAUUUACAUUACUAAUCUUAGUGGGUUUACAUGUUGCGGCACCAUUAAGGCCCGGUUCAGACGCCGUACUUUUCAUGAGCCGAACCUAAUUCGAAUUAACGCCGACCCAAAUUAUUUAGACUGACCGAAUUGAUUCAGACGCUGAUCUUAAUUCCGGCCGAACUAAAUUCAGAAGGAGAAAAAUGCUCACUUUGGUCAAACUGUUGAAAAAUACGUUAUAAGAAUUUAUGCAUUAGGUUCGGCUCAUGAAAAGUACGGCGUCUGAACCGGGCCUAAGUGACUGGGUGUUCCGACUUUGUUUCAUGUAUUUACUCAUGACUCAGAUAGUUGAGUGAAUUGUAUUUUAGUUAAAAAAAUGAGGUGAGGGUGUUAGAUCAAACUUUCUGUUUUUAUCUUUCUUUUAUAAUCGCAACAAGUAAAACCUUACGGUUUUCUCUCUUUUCAGAAAUUGCUACCGUGACAACGGCGUACAACGCAGUGACGGCAGAUCAGCUGUCACUCUCACCUGGACAGUUGAUCCUGGUCAAAAGAAAACACCCUGAUGGCUGGUGGGAAGGAGAACUUCAGGUAUAAAUGUCUGGCGCCUCCAUACAAAUCCUGGGUCCACAAUGGCAGGUUUCAAGUAACACUGGGAACAUUCAGUGUAGAGAAUAUGUUAAAAGAAUUUCAAUUUCCUGCACAUUAUUUGAAUAGGUCAUUUUAAUAAACAUAUCCACCGCUGAUUCUAGUCCGCUAGAGCUUAAGCGUCCUUUACCGUUUGAUUGAAUUUGUUUUCUAUAUUUUGUUUUUAAAAAGGCUCGUGGUAAGAAACGACAGAGUGGUUUGUUUCCGGGAAAUCAUGUGAAAAUCUUGGACAGAAAAGCAUCCGGUGGUGGGACAUCAGGCCCAGUAUCCUCUCCUAUCACUGAAAGUGUGAGUAGAAUUUACUUACCCAGCCCCAGUUGUUCAAAAGCUGGAUAGCGCUAUCCACCGGUUAAAUCACUAUCCAGUGGAUAAAUAUUAGGGAAACCAAUUGUGCUAUCCGCUGGAUAGUGAUUUAUCCGGUGGAUAGCGCUAUCCACCGGUUAAAUCACUAUCCAGUGGAUAAAUAUUAGGGAAACCAAUUGCGCUAUCCGCUGGAUAGUGAUUUAUCCACUGGAUAGCGCUAUCCACCGGUUAAAUCACUAUCCAGUGGAUAAAUAUUAGGGAAACCAAUUGUGCUAUCCGCUGGAUAGUGAUUUAUCCGGUGGAUAGCGCUAUCCACCGGUUAAAUCACUAUCCAGUGGAUAAAUAUUAGGGAAACCAAUUGUGCUAUCCGCUGGAUAGUGAUUUAUCCGGUGGAUAGCGCUAUCCACCGGUUAAAUCACUAUCCAGUGGAUAAAUAUUAGGGAAACCAAUUGCGCUAUCCGCUGGAUAGUGAUUUAUCCGGUGGAUAGCGCUAUCCACCGGUUAAAUCACUAUCCAGUGGAUAAAUAUUAGGGAAACCAAUUGCGCUAUCCGCUGGAUAGUGAUUUAUCCACUGGAUAGCGCUAUCCACCGGUUAAAUCACUAUCCAGUGGAUAAAUAUUAGGGAAACCAAUUGUGCUAUCCGCUGGAUAGUGAUUUAUCCGGUGGAUAGCGCUAUCCACCGGUUAAAUCACUAUCCAGUGGAUAAAUAUUAGGGAAACCAAUUGCGCUAUCCGCUGGAUAGUGAUUUAUCCACUGGAUAGCGCUAUCCACCGGUUAAAUCACUAUCCAGUGGAUAAAUAUUAGGAAACCAAUUGCGCUAUCCGCUGGAUAGUGAUUUAUCCACUGGAUAGCGCUAUCCACCGGUUAAAUCACUAUCCAGUGGAUAAAUAUUAGGGAAACCAAUUGUGCUAUCCGCUGGAUAGUGAUUUAUCCGGUGGAUAGCGCUAUCCACCGGUUAAAUCACUAUCCAGUGGAUAAAUAUUAGGGAAACCAAUUGUGCUAUCCGCUGGAUAGUGAUUUAUCCGGUGGAUAGCGCUAUCCACCGGUUAAAUCACUAUCCAGUGGAUAAAUAUUAGGGAAACCAAUUGCGCUAUCCGCUGGAUAGUGAUUUAUCCGGUGGAUAGCGCUAUCCACCGGUUAAAUCACUAUCCAGUGGAUAAAUAUUAGGGAAACCAAUUGCGCUAUCCGCUGGAUAGUGAUUUAUCCACUGGAUAGCGCUAUCCACCGGUUAAAUCACUAUCCAGUGGAUAAAUAUUAGGGAAACCAAUUGUGCUAUCCGCUGGAUAGUGAUUUAUCCGGUGGAUAGCGCUAUCCACCGGUUAAAUCACUAUCCAGUGGAUAAAUAUUAGGGAAACCAAUUGCGCUAUCCGCUGGAUAGUGAUUUAUCCACUGGAUAGCGCUAUCCACCGGUUAAAUCACUAUCCAGUGGAUAAAUAUUAGGGAAACCAAUUGCGCUAUCCGCUGGAUAGUGAUUUAUCCACUGGAUAGCGCUAUCCACCGGUUAAAUCACUAUCCAGUGGAUAAAUAUUAGGGAAACCAAUUGUGCUAUCCGCUGGAUAGUGAUUUAUCCGGUGGAUAGCGCUAUCCACCGGUUAAAUCACUAUCCAGUGGAUAAAUAUUAGGGAAACCAAUUGCGCUAUCCGCUGGAUAGUGAUUUAUCCACUGGAUAGCGCUAUCCACCGGUUAAAUCACUAUCCAGUGGAUAAAUAUUAGGGAAACCAAUUGCGCUAUCCGCUGGAUAGUGAUUUAUCCACUGGAUAGCGCUAUCCACCGGUUAAAUCACUAUCCAGUGGAUAAAUAUUAGGGAAACCAAUUGUGCUAUCCUUUGGAUAGUAAUUUAUCCACUGGAUAGCGCUAUCCACCGGUUAAAUCACUAUCCAGUGGAUAAAUAUUAGGGAAACCAAUUGUGCUAUCCUUUGGAUAGUAAUUUAUCCACUGGAUAGCGCUAUCCACCGGUUAAAUCACUAUCCAGUGGAUAAAUAUUAGGGAAACCAAUUGUGCUAUCCUUUGGAUAGUAAUUUAUCCACUGGAUAGCGCUAUCCACCGGUUAAAUCACUAUCCAGUGGAUAAAUAUUAGGGAAACCAAUUGCGCUAUCCGCUGGAUAGUGAUUGUGGAUAGCGCUGUCCACCUUUUCAACAACUGGGACCUGCUCUUUUCUUUAACUAUCAACAUUGUCUUUAUUUUCACUAUUUACAUCAUUUUAUAAGUCUUUUUACAUUCCGCAAGGCGAUCAAGUGCCAAACGCACAAAGUAAUUUAACUGUACAUCUAUAAAGUGCUUUGCGAACUCAUUUGUAGAGAGAUCGACGAGAAUCCAUUUUUAAACCUAAACACGGCACAAAAAGGGUAUAUUGAUCGAAUGCGAGUGUCAUCAUCAUACGCCACCCAAAGAUUGGAAUAGGUUGUGGUUUUGGACAUAACAGUGGUGGAGAGGUUGGAAAACUCUAACACAUAGUUUUCUUUUAUUUACAGGUCUACAGUGUCCCAUCCCCGGCAAAAGGUACAUAGUGUCAUGUUAUGAACUUACUUCCUCUUUAGGCCGGAAAAAAGUGAGGGGUACGCCGUAGAAACAUUGUUGUUUGGGUUAGAAUGGCGAUUGAUAUCAUCGGAUAAAAAGAACAUAUCGGAUGUUAUAUUGAAAUGUUAAGAAGCAAGCACAAGUACAGUUGUAUCCAAGUAAAGAAAAGAAAUAAAUAAAUAAAUAAAAAUUCUAAAAUCUAAUAUUUGGACAGGUACGCUAUACUUAAAAAUUGUUAUUUUAAAAAACUUUUUAACAAGUUUAUACAAGUAAAUUAGGUUUAAAAGAUCUAAAAUCCAAUAUCUAUCUAUUCUAAUAGCGUUUUUUCAGCAUAAUCACAAAUGUAUUUAAUGGUAAAAGCUGGUGUUCUCUCUCCCGCCUACCCUCAACAAUUUUUUGCCCCUGCCCAAGUUGCCCGUAGGAACAAUGGUAGCUGGUCAUUUGGCCCCGGUUACUUGGCCCCCUAUUUUAGAGUCAUUUAGCCCCAUGCGUGAGUUACUUAGCCCCCUCGACUUAAAAAAAAAACAAGAUUUAUUUAGUACGUGAGUCACUUAGUCGCUUGCUUUGGUUAGGAAGGUGGGGGAUUGGUUGAAAAAUCACGAUUGAAAGAUGUUAGUUCGUAUGAUGGGGCUUAUUAUUGCUUAUGUUGGGAUUGUCUGAGUGUGAUCGCCAUGUGAGGACCAGACCCCAGUUGUUCAUAAGUUAGACAUCUCUAUCCACUGGAUAAAUCUCCACCCACUGGAUAUCGCAAUUGUUUUUCUUAAUGUUUAUUCGUUGGAUAGUGAUUUACCCGGUAGAUAGCGCUAUCCAACGUUUGUACUACGCGGCUGAAACCGCGUGAUCAGCAGCAAAUUGGGACAAAGAAUAAACCUUUUAACCCUUUCACUGCCAAAUGUGACCAAGAGCAAAAUUCAACACAAAUUUCCAAAUUUCAUUUUGUAAAAUUUUGAAAAACAAAUGUAAAAGUACAGGUAGAGAGGUUUCAUUUGAAUGGUCACUCGAUAGGAUUUCGUCCACAGACUCAAAAGUUAGAGCCACCUGACAAAACUCCUUUAUUCACGCUGGCAGUGAAAAGGUUAAUUAAUGAUAGCAGCUUCAGCCUCGUCCAAUAUUUAUCCAUUGUUUGUUGUCACGUAAAUUGGAUCAGCUCACUAUUUUCCGUUUUGUUCUCCCCUUAUUUUUCAGCCAAACUCGAGCAGGUGUUGGCCAUGUUCCCUUACACCGCCCAGAACUCAGAUGAACUCACCUUUUACAAGGGAAGCGUUAUUAACGUUGUAAGCAAAGAAGGGGAAUGGUGGAAAGGCGAAAUGAAUGGACAAACUGGCAUGUUUCCGUCGAAUUACGUUCAGCCACUGAGCGACUUGAAAAUGGGUACCACGCAAUGUAAGUCUGGGGUUGAGGCCGUUAUUUGAGUUGACCUUUUUCAACUCCUCAGAUACAGCCGAAGUUCUCGCAAGCGACCACCGCGGAAAUUCGAAAAAGUGGUCGUAACUAGAGCUGGUCGCUCACGAGAAUGAGCUCAGUAAAUCAUUAACAAUUCAUAAAGGAAAAAAAAAAAACGAAAGAAUUUUUAAAAUGUUUAGUGGGUGUUUUUAUAUCUGAUAUAGACUCGGCUAAACUUUACGUCCAAUUUUUUAGACCAUUAGAGCAGUGUGCAGUUUUCAUUAAAGUGUUAAUUUAUACGAAUAAGACCAUGAGUGGUCGCUUACGAGAGCUUAAAAACAAAGGAAAGGUCCAGUUGGGUAAUCCUAAAAGUGGUCGCGGUCGCUUAGGAGAGCUCUUCAUCACAAACGGGGUUUCACAAAGGUGGUCGUAACUAGAGAUGAUUGCUUACGAGAGUGGUUGCAAGAAGGGCUUCGACUGUAGUAAAUACUUGUAGAAAGGUGUCGGCUGUCUUUAGACCUUUCUUUCGUUUCUAAAAUUACCUUUCCUCGCUGCUGAGUCCUUGGAGCCGAACUUAUCAUAGGUCAGCUUCAAAAUCGCCGAGAAGACGUUCAGUUUUCCCUCAGACCAAACAACUGUUGGUCAUCGGACAAUGUCCGACUACAAUUGGCCUACUUCCGGAGAAGUCCUGAUUGUGACAGUGAUGAUACAGAAGAUGAUCAUUAAUUUUGUAAAUGAAUGAAAUCUAGCUUCAGGGCAGUUCUAACGAAGCCUUAGCCUUUCGAGAAAGAAAAAAUAUUUGCUGCUCUGCUCUUGUGAGAGAGUAGGUUGAGAGAAGACGCAACAAAAUUUGUACUUUACCGAGGACCUCAAAAGUCAAUUUUGGACCCAUGUUCUGUAGUUCGGAGACUAUUCUUAUGACACUUCUUUGGCAGUUCUUUGACUUGGUGCUAUUCACUUAGUAUGUUGUUCCAACUUUUGAGCCGGUGAAUAAUAUCCUGUGGCGAGACCAUUCAAAUGAAACUUAUGACCUCUUCAGCAGUACUUUCACAUGGUACUAUUUAUUUAGAAGGAAAUCCUAUUGUUUGACCAUAUAGAUGACAUCUCUUGAGCAUUACUCUCUCAUGGUGUUAUUUAUUUCGUGUUCAAUUCUAACUUUUGAGUCUGUUGGCGAAAUCUUAUAGUCUUGCCAUUCAAAUGAAAUCUCUUCAGCACCACUUUUGUUUGUGUAUUGACGCUAUUCAGGGGUUAAUGUCUUGGCCUGUUGCGAUCAGUAGUAUAACACGAAAUAAGAGUUUUAAAAAAAUAAUAGCUUGAUGUAGCCCCUUUUAAUAGAGACCUGUGGAUUCUAAGACGAACACGACUACGAGAACCAGAUUUUCUCAGUCCAUACUAAGUAUAGCGCGCGCGAGAACUAGCGAGAAAAAGUGAUACCCGUCGUCAUUCUACUACGAUUUUUUGCGAGAAUGUCGUAGCGGCGGAAACAAGUUAUCAAAUGCUAGAAGUCUCACCAUUUUGCGAUCGGGAGAGGGCUUAACCUCCUUCAAUAAAAAUAACCAGGUUAACCUUGCUGAUGAAAAAACGUAAAAUGAAGCUGUCCGAGGUGUCUAUUUUUUUUAUAAUACGUGCAAAACUUGAAGUCAUAUCUCGUCCUCGAAUCUAAAGGUCUCUAAUGCCUCCUUGUUGUGUCUUUCUCUGCAGGACGAGGACUUGAGAUAACAGAAAUGCUUUGGGAUUUGCCUUCCUAUAAAUAAAUAAUCAAAUCUUAUUAGAUUUAAAAUUGUUACUCUUGCUAAGAAUUACAGUCUGAGAGAUUUAUAAUUAAUAUUGUAUAUUUUUUUCAUUGCGACCUGGCAUAUCUAUAGACGAUGGAUAAAUCGAUGAUCGUAAUUUUAUCAAAAUGUAGUUUUAGCCAAGGAUUUCGAACAACAGUUGUUUUAUGCAGGUGGUUUUUGUGGUGGCUGUAGUCAUGAAGCUGUUAGUCGUUGUGGGGUUGUUUUCUGUUCAACUUUUAUGAAAGUGUUAUGGAAACGAUGCGAUAACUUUUACCUAAAUCUUUAAAAUUAAAGGGGCAAAGCUACGUUUGACAUUUUCGAAGAGAACAGUUAGUUGUCAUGUUUCAAUUCAUUAGUCAUGUUACGAUUAGCUGUAAAAAUUAUACAUAUAUUUUUUUAGGCGAAGAGAAGUUCAUUAUGCGGAAUAUUAUAUGAUAUGAAAAACUGAUGAAAUUUUGCCAGAUUUAUUCAAUUUGUUUUGGUCAGUUUGGGCUCUAGUGCAAUCUUAAGAAUUUAUCUGAUUUUUAUCGGCCUUAUUUCUAAGGUUAGCGUAGUGUCAAAUUAAGUUCCAAUGUUCUAAAGUCUAAAUGUAAGAACUGCAUGAUAACGAAUAAAAAUAACUUGCAAUGCUUAUGUGUUUGAUGGUUUGUUCGUUCAUUCAUAAGUAAUUCCCAAAGCAUUUUCUUUAUCUCUACCUCGCGCCUGUUGCAAAGGAUUCAAUGACCCAACUGGUCGGAGAUUUAUUGAAAAAAAAAUUAUCGUCUUUCCUUCGGUUUUGUUGUCAACCAACCCACUCCCCCUCCCCUCCCCUCUUUUUUUGUCGCUGUGAACGAAUCGCUGUUGGGAGACAACUGUAUUUUAUGGUGUUAUUUUCCCCGGAACCUUUGGUUGGCGUUCAAUAUUUCUACAUGGUAGUUGUGUUUGUCAUUUAUAUUACACAAGUAUUUUAGCGGAGAAAAUUGCCCUCGAUGACUGCUCGAGGUACAAACAUCUAUACUUGCAUUGGAAUAAGAAUUGUCCAAAUUAGCUUGUGGUUGUAAAUUUUCCUUGAGCGUCGAGAGUCCUUUGUAACACUGACCUAUUACUUCCUCUUUCUCCAGAGCGCUUUUGUAAAAUGAUCACUUCGACCAAUCAUAAGAUGACAGGACAAUAGAGAGGAGAAGUCGUUGCGUCACGUUGCCAUGGUAGCAAAAUUUCUGGGUCUCAACAAACCGUGGCCCUGCAAAUAUGGCAGGGAGAAAAAAAAACGAACAAAACUGUUCACUCAGGAACAAAACGGCAGCUCAUACUUUUCUUUUAUCGCUCGACAAUGCAAAUGGUCAUCUCUGUCAAGAAAGUUAGUUGGCCCGGUUGUUCGGAGGCCGAUUAGCGCUUAACCCAGGGUUAAAUUUAACCCGGGAUUCUUUAGACUGUUCACAGUCCUCUAUUUACUCAUGCAAGAUGGCAGCCCGUAACACAAAGCGCUCAAUCUCGAUGAUCUUACGGAAAAAUAGAGGACUGUUAACAGUCUAGGGAUUCUUUUUCUUUUGUUCAAAAGCAUUUUCUCAGACAGUUCUCUGAUGUUCAUAGAGCAUCGAAUCAUCAACUUGUAGACAAAAAGAAUGAAAAUGAAUUACUUUGUAAGCUUUCAUAUUUGAAUUCAAAUUUUGCACUAACCCUGGGUUAUCUUAACCCAGCAUUGAACAACCUGGCCCAUCUUGCUACCAUGGUAACGUGACGUCACACUUCGCUCUAUUCAAUGAGCCUAUCAGAUCUUUUAGCAAAGCGGUUUCUUGGUGUCAACAGUUCUAAUCGCGAGAAAACGGAGAAACGCGUGUUCGCAGCUUACAACUGUUUUGCUUUUGUGCGUCAGAUGAGAAGGUGAAACGAAAACAUGACAAUGUAAACGCUCUAGUACGCUUUGUAAGGGAACCUACCGUUGGCUGAGUCGAAAUGUAUCGUUUUUUCAGGGUUGAUCACUAUUUCUAUUCGAAGGCUGCUGAACAGGUGUAUUCGUUUGGUUUCGAUUGGUGCUUUUCUUACCUUUGGUAAAAAAGUUAUUAGACUCACUCGACAUAAUCAGGCCGUCGAUUUUUUCUUUUUUCGGAGGCGUAUACUGAAGGUACAACUGCCAAGGAAAUCUAAGAAUGUCAAGGUACAACUGCCAAGGAAAUCUAGGAAUGUUAAGCAUCUCGUAUUGUGCCAUUUAUUUCCACUUCCUUGACCAAAUACAAGGAAUAAAUAUUUUGGGCCGAUUUUCUUCUUCCUCUCUCCAUAACCCUUUCGGCUUUACUUUUACUAUAUUCAUUAAGACCAUUUGCUUGAAGCAAAUUAACUUUGCUGUUACUGAAUCUAGUCAGUUGGCUGUCAGUUGGUAGAAACUGGAAUGCGGUGAGCAAACUUUUGGUAUAACGAGAGCCGCCUCAUUCGGGAGAAGAAUUUUACCCUCUAACCACCCCCCCCUCCCCCCCCCAAAAAAAAUCUAUUUUAUAAAAUCCUAGGAAAUAUAUUAAACUAUCCAAAUGUUCUGCCAAAGAGGACUUAUUCGAAUGGUAGCGUCAAACAAAUUCCGGGUCCACUGAUUUAAAACGUUAGAGUGACAAGUGAUCCUCUUGUAACUUGGUCUCAACUUGAGCGAAUCUAUCUGCCAUUUUUUUCGAGAUGGGGACCCUUGAGUGUGACGAAAUUGUAUGUAUUUUUAUGUUUCAGAUUUCUUGGUCAAAAAUUUUAAUAAUCAUGUUUUUACAAUAUCAAAUUCCCGUCGAUAUUGUGACGUUUAAAACGCCCGAUGAGAAAAUUUGCAUGACAUUUUUCAUGAAUAUGAAAGAUUUUGCUUUCACUGUGUUUUUAGGUUAAAAACAACAAAACUGAAAAACAAGCUUAAUGUUUUCAUCGGCUAAAAUUACUUUUUAGGUUUCCGUCAAAAUUGUCACCGCUGUGUGGUUUUAUCGCGCGAAAAUGUUUUGUUUUGAAUAACAUGGUUCAAAUGCAACAACCGGCAACUCUUGCAUCAUUUUGGCCGCUCGCUGAAAGUGAAAAAAAUUUUAAAUACGUUGGUUCUUGAUACGUGUCAGUUAUGACUCAGUCCUAUUUUUAACCAAUUAUAGGCUCUGAACCGUGAAUAAUAUUGAGAAAAUUUUGUUGAAACGUCCAGUUUUAUUCUGUUGGUGCGAUUUUAAAGAUCUGCCGAGCCUUAGAGUAUUGUACUAUCGUCAAUCGUUAGCGAGAUAACUGUUGUUACACGUGAUGGGUUUUAAUCGCGCGGGAUCGCCUCUACAGUCUCGCGUUGCGAAGGCUUGUCGUAAUAGCUUGCGAAACCUGAAAAACCAGUUUCGUCCGAAGAAACACAAAGUCGAGGUUAUUCAAAGAGGAAACAAUGGAAAUACUUCCCAGGGUACGUAAGACGCUCGAUUUUUUUGGAAUGACUCUCCUUUAAUGUUUUCGCUUGUGUAUCAAAUUUAUGAAUUUUAUGGAUCCUGAUUUUAUAAUAAAGUAUUUGCCGUCAUCGGUUGGAAUGGCAAUUUUAUGUGUCAAUCAAUGAGGACUCUGUAAGCGUCUUAUUACAUUGAAUAUUCUAAUUUCUUAAAUCUUCUUAACUGCGUUUCGCGAAGGUCGUUGUUCACGAUUUACAUUUAAGACGAAGCGUUUAUCCAAACAGACUAAACAGGCUUCGCCGUUUAAAACACUUCUUAGUAUAUGACGCAAUUGUAAAAUGAUGAUUUUUCUUUCUGACGGGGACAUAAAGAUUUCAGUCUAGAGGUCGUGAAUCUGUUUGCAAAAUAUAUAGCCGUUAAAUUGUCACAACAUGGUUAUAUUCGAUUGUUUAGCGGUAUUUUUUUCUAUUGCAGUCAUGAUUUGGCUUGCAAUCUAUUUUUGUAUUGGGAUGUGUCAUUAUAUUGCGAUUGAUUUUUUCUGCAUUUCUCUUUUAUUGACUGUAAUGAACCUAUUUUAUUUCGCCACGCUUUCGUAUUCGCACAGGUACAAUAUCUACAGUAUUUUGUCGUAUCGGUUUUAGUUUUUUAGUUUUAGAAAACUUCAGACGAAAAUGAUGUAUAAAUAAAUAAAAACUCUUCGCUUUUCAAUAACACUAAAAACUUCAAGGCCGAUAUGAGAACUCUUUCUGUUUUUUUGUAUUCCAAAGACAGACGCAAAAUUUGGGCUGAGUUAAGCCAUUAUUCACGUUGAUAAUAUCAUUCCUUGGCCUGUAUAAUGUAUUGAUUUGCUGCGAAAAGGACAAAGGGAAGUCACCAAUGACAAGGGGCUGUAAGUAACACGGCUGUGGUCUUUGUUUUCUUUCUCUAGGGACGGGGUCUUUUGAUGCCAAAGUUUUGGCCUCUAUGUCCACAACGGAACAACAAAGACAGGUAUUGAAAGUUCGGUGGUGGUUUGAAUUCAUUGAAUUUACGAUGUGGGAAGAGAGGAGUGUUUUUUGAGCUUUUGGCUUGAACAGAAGUCUCUCUUCGCCCUUCAUCCUCCCUCCCUUUUCUUAACGCCAUAGUCAGUGUUCAAAAGUUGCCUCUCCCUCUGCGAUUUCCUCCUUCUUUCUUUCGCUCUUAACUGUGGAAACGUUGCUUGCUUGCUUGCUGUCUUGUUUCUUUCUUUCUUUUGUUUGUGUCCGUGCAUUUGUCUUUUUUGUACUUGUUGAUUCUUAUCUUUUUGUUCAACCAUUUUUUUCUUUCACAGAACGUCAUAUACGAGCUUAUUAACACGGAGCAAGUUUACAUGGAUGAUCUCAGUGCGACUUUGGAGGUCAGUAUAAGGGUUGAAUGUUAGGCCAGGGUGGUCUUGUUUACUAUUUACAUGGGCAAACCGGUCGGUUCACGAUAUUGGCAGCAUACUGCUAAGCAUCCCAAUCAGGGAUAAUAGCGUUACUUUGCUUCAAGCAACAUUCCACUAGCCUGCGUAGUAGGCACAGGUUACUUAUUUUUUUACAACCCUAAAAAAAACCGGCGCCUUUACAGAAACCGAUAAGUGACAUUCUAAGGGCACGUUUACACUUUGAAAUUUUUUCCGUAUUCAAUUUGCUGUUUACACGCAGAUGGGUAAAUCCGAAAUCAAAACAUCCCAGCUCGACGUCGUGUCCGGAAAUUCUGAAUCCGGAAUCUUAAGUGAUUACUUUGUAUCCAAAUGAAUGUUCUCUGUCCUGCUGAUGUGUGUUAACAUCCUCGUGAAUCUGAAUACCUUGAAUGUAAUAAAUCCGAUUCGGAGAAAAAAACGUUAUAAAUCCGGAAAGAUAACGCUGUGUUGUAAAUCUAGCCUAACACUGUGUUGUCAAUUAUAUUUUGUUACAUGUGUUAGGUUUUCUACAACCCCUUGGCCGAGUCUGGAUUGCUGACUAAGCCGGAACUUGUCACCGUGUUUAUUAACUGGAAGGAGCUCAUCUGGUGCAACAUGAGACUUCUAAAGUGAGUAUUUAUACCGGGAAAAAAUUCAGGGAGACUGGGCUUCAGCUUGUCGCACUAGAAUUUCUUGGUAACCGUUAGCGAAAUCGUGAGGCUUGUUACCAUGGCAACCUAUUUGCCCAGCAACCGGUCGUUGAACAACUCGUGGUUUUACACUUCAAAUGUCGCGCUUUUAUACCCUUCUUCUCGUAGUUGAAAACCAUCGACAAAUCAUCAAAAAUCACAGGUCAAACGCUGGUUAUUCAGAAUAUUCAGAAAUUCUAGCAACGAAAGCUGUCCCGGUUUUCCUGAAGUUUGAGAGUGGCUGAUAGGCGUAUCUCCACCGUGUGACGGAUUGCAUUCAUAAUUAACUAUAAACUUUAUUUAACAUCCUGAUUUUGUUUUCAGGGCUUUUCUGAUUCGAAAGAAGAUGAGUACCAGUGUGGCUAUUACAUCAAUCGGCGAUAUCCUUUGUGAAAUGGUAAGAUACUCCGCACUUAAACGAGGUUAACACCGGAAGCGAAACGUCAACUUAUAACGCAAUGCCGACUUGCCAUUCUUCUCCAUUGCGGUUUCGGAAGUUGUUUUUACGGUCUUUUAUGUCUCAAGCAGGAAUGUCAGCGAAAAAUAACGAGCUAGAGACCGAUUUAUUCUUCUAGAACGAGCGUGAACUUUUGCUAGAAAUAACUAGCGACUACAAGAAAUCUAUUUUAAUGGAAAGCGUCGGCUGGCAAUUGCUUCAAUCUAAAUAUUCUGAUAUGCUCAAGCCUACCUGCUAGAACUGUUUAUAGAAUAGUAUCCAAAUAUCUGGCCGCCAUUUUUGGCCGGCCGUGACAUCAUGUCAAAACAAUCUAUAGUAAAAAUCCACAUUAUAACAACGUACAUCAUUCCAAGCUUCAAAAGGUUCUUCCCUACUUAAACAUAAUUUUGGGGGGUGGAGUUGCAGUCACAUUCUUCAGCAUAUUUUCUGCUUAUAUGUUGUUUCCCAAAAUAAUUGAUUAUAACCUGAUAGCCUGUAUUCUCCUUAUCCAUUGUAAACGAUUUUUGUAUGUUUUUCUCCGAUAUAUUUGGCUUUUCCUUCAGUUACCGCAUCUGACGCCUUACGUGCGAUUCUGUAGCUGUCAGCUGAAAGCUUGCCAACUUCUGCAACACAAGACUGAAACAAACCCAGAAUUCAAACAACUGGAAAAGGUAAAGCUUAAACGAGCCCCAAAGUUCACUCUUCUAGUAAUUUCUUUCCAAAAAUUCAGUGUCCUAACCGAUGAACUUUUGUAUCGUUAUUUUGUUAUAUCGUUCGUGGCGGUUUUAUUUCUUUGAGUAGGCGCUAGGUAUCCAUUAAGCUGGUUUAAUAAAUGGUAAAUUACGGCUCAACAAUGUUUUCUUGUUACAUCUUUUAUGUUAUUUUUAACAGAAAUGCAUUGCAGAUCCUCGAGCCAAAGGUCUCCCUCUCAGCAGCUAUCUGUUAAAACCUCUGCAGAGAAUAUGCAAAUAUCCUCUUUUAAUCAGAGAGGUGAGGUUUAUAUCUUUCUUGUCAAAGACAGUCAUCCACUUAUUAAUUUUUCCGAUGACCUUCGUGAGUUUCAAAUCUAUAAAACUUGUACUUUAAAGAGUUAAAGUUUAAUUUACCUUUACGAGUUACUGUUAAUCUGCAAACAGUCAGCACUUGCUCUCAGCCACAUGCAGAAAAAGCUUGAGAGGUCUAAUAUGGUGUCGUGUUUGCCUUUGUCUUUAGAUUUUAAAGUACACCCCCGAGAAUCACUUUGACAGAGUGAACUUAGAAACUGCGCUGGAGAAAGCUGAAGAACUUUGCCAACAGGUACAAAAACCCCGCUUAGACGUAUGCGUUCUUGACUGAGUGUGUGGUCGAGAUGGCUGAUUAUUGGCCAAGUUUUAUGCGGGAUUGAGACGAAGUAUCGCUGGGGCGCGUUCGGGACGGAUCCCGUGCGGGUCAGAUAGGCCUACAAUAUCUUACCCGCGCGGGUAGCCAAUCAGGUUACAGUAUUCGCUUCACGUCUUGCCCGUUCAUGGAGUUCUUUCUAACUAACUUGCGUGUAUGGUUUAUUUAGUUUACUGUCGUAUGAAACUGAUUUAUAGCUCGUAAUAGACCGUUCCCGCAUUCCUGUGAACAAACGCACCAACUCGAAGCCUAGGAUGACAAAUACAAUGUUGUGUACGAAACUUUCCACCCAAGCUUUGACCUCGUUUCACCAGGGACUUGAGCGAGAACGACGAAAACGUUGGCGAAAACGUCUCAUAAAAAUGUAAUUCUCGCUGUUUCAAAAUUCAUCGCUCUUAUUCCAUGCCGUUCAAUUUGACACAUAUUGAUAAAUUUUUCCGUAGUUGAAUUCUAAAUGGCAGACUGUCGGUAUCUAAGGUUAAGAAAAGAAAGGGAAAACCAUUGUCUUGUGCUCACGUCCUCUACACGACGUGAAAUUAGGCGGGUUCAGGAAUGCGGGGAAUGUCUAUCUGCAAUCGCAUUUUCCUUGUCGGAGCUUUUGGUAACGAACGACCUCGAACCGUCUGAGAAAACACACUUCACCGAAAAUCAGGCUAAACGCAGCGGUGUUUUAUACUUUGUUUUUCCACAGGUUAACGAAGGUGUUCGUAACCAAGAAAACACCGAUCGUUUGGAGUGGCUUCAAGCACACGUCAACCUGGAAAGUAUCGGAGAGGUGCGUAAUCGGUUUUUAUCGGCAACAUCCUCUAAAAUUUACUGCGAUUUACGUUAUAUGGAGGGGAACCAACUUUUACUAUUUGCUCAUAAAUUUUGCUUGGCUAACUUAAGAGUGGAAAAAAGCAUUCGUUUCAUUUAUAGUCGAUAAUGACGAAGUUUUUAAGCUUGCAGGGUUGUAUUUACCUAAUCUGAUACAUAGAAAGUCCUUACCUUUUCACCUAUCAUCGUGAGAACGGUUUUAACAUUUUUAAAUACAAAAAUUUUUUUCCUACUGGAAAUCCAUCUCUUUUAAUCGUUUUAUUUUUGUCGGUGUUUUUUACUCUACAGCGUUUGUUUUUUAACUCAACAACAAAUUGCCUAGGACCACGAAAGCUGUUACACUCUGGAACACUUUGGAAGGUAAUUAAUUUUUACUAUUAGAAGGGGAGUAUAAUUAUGCUAAAAGAAUUAACAGUUACUCUCCAUUUUCGUUUUCACUGAGUAAUCCUUGACAUGGUUCUGGUUCAAGUAAAUGAAAACGGUAGACAGCAAACGAUGACAGAGAGAGCAUUUUUAUUGGUUAAGCUUACGAAGGCCCAUCAUUAGCUUUUUAACUGCAUACGAUUGAGUGGACCCAAGGUUAACCCUCAUGGCUCGAAAAGUCUGUUUGCCUAAGUGAGCACUACUUGUUUCGUCCGCCAUUUGCUGAGAGCUCAAGACGGAAUGGGGUUGACCAGUCAGUUUCCCCGUGAGAGUUUGAGAAUUGCGUUCGAUCGGCCAAUCAGGUUGCUGAUAAAGAAAGUGACAUCAUAGAUAACAGCUUUACUAGCCCUCUAAUUCUAGCAGUCCCUUUGCUUUUAGAUUAUUUGUUUGAUCGUUAAACCAGCCAAAGUAAGCCAAAAGCUGCGUUGUUCACCUCCGUUUUUAGAACCAUUUAUGGCUGCCCUUCAAUUUGUUAGCUGUUCUUGCGAGUUAACCGACUCAUUCCAAGAUAUGCCUAUCUUAUUGCAGAACUGAUCUUUAUAUACAUUCCGUGAUUUCAGGUCAAGAGCGGUAAAGAGCUCAAGGCCUUUCUCUUCAACGAUUUCCUCAUGUUAACACGACCUCAAAGCUCCAUUACCGGAAGUCUAUCUAAGAAGAUCGGAUUCGAGUCAAAUGAACAAGACGUGAUGUACUCCAUAUACAGGAAGGUAACUCUACGCUGUUCUACAUAACCGUGACCACUGUAGCAUUUGCAAUGGUUUGAACCUAGGCGUUUGGUCGUAAGUAGGUGGAAUAUGAUUGUCUAGGCGUAGGAUAGUUGGUUAAAGUCCUUGUGUCACCAACAGUCUUCUUACCCUGAUGAUAACAUAUUAGAACUAGCAAAUCAGUGUGCGUACCGUAAAGGACCUAAUAAGCGCCCACUUCCAAAUAAACGCCUCUUAUCUAAUAAAUGUCCACUCUACGUUGUUAAAAUUGUAUUAGACGCCCCUCUCUAUAAAACGCCCCUGUCUAAUAGACGCCCCUCUAUGAGAAUUACUCCAAGGUACAAGGAAUUAGCAAAAGGGAGCAAAAUCAUUCAAUUCAUUCAGUUACUUGCCUUAUUUACAAGGCUUUGCGUAUUUCAUCUUGUUCAAUAUCAAGUUCAAAGUAAGGAUAGACUAACGAUGGCAGCACAAUAACCCUGAGCGAGGAUUCUGACAUCGAUGCCGGAAUUUGAAAGAGCGAUGUGGAUCUCUAGACGGUCUAGACGUAUCAAUUGAUGGAUCGGACAUUCCGCUAUUGUAAAACUAUUGCAAUAUUUUCGCCAAAAGCAUAUUAGUUCUGUUGAGCUUCUUAGAUGUGAGAAUAAACGCCUCUCUAUCUCCUUCCAACGCCUCCGUCCUAUCUAUAAAACGCCCCCGCUUAAACCCCUAAAAUAAAACAGAAGCUGCGGGCGUUAAUUAGGUCAUGUACGGUAUCCUAAAAAUCAAGAGACCUAGCUGGUCUUUCUCUUCUUUAUCUACAGCCUAUAAUCCUGAAUGAAGUGAUUGUCAAGCGAACUCAGGAGAUGAAUAGUAAGUUGAAAAACGUAGGGUUUGUGGCCAUUUCGCUGUGACCAAACAACGUUGUUGCUGUCUUCUCUAAGUACCAAUACUCCCCAUUGUCAGGGUACCACAACGUGGCUCCUGUAGCGUCAUGUGUAUAAUGCUGUGGUUUACUUUUAUCCAAAGUCAUGAACAUUCAUUGUCAUAUGGCUACAAUAGUACGCGCGCUCUGAUUGGCUGUUUUGUUGUAAUGACCGUGCAUAACUAGCUGGAAUCUUGGACAAAAUAAAUGGAAAACCUAGACCCCCCUCCCUCUCCCCCCAAAUCAAAGAUGGGAAAAUGGCGCGUUUUUGCCUUCGCGCGGCUUCAUGCUUGAUUUGGGGGGGAUGGGAGUUUGCUGUUCCAUUUUAUUUUGUCCAAGAUUGUAGGUGUCCAAGGCAUAUACAAUCUGUGAUUAACUUGAUAUUGGACAUCCUUAUAGACAUCUAUGUUAUGAUCAAUGUCACCUGACUGUAUCGCGGGCUAAGGUGUACAACUCAUUGACGUGAAGUGUUUUUUAAAGUUAUCCGCUAAACAGUUGUUGGGUUUAAUUGAUCGCAGGCUCAGGACCAUAAUGAAAAGGCCAUAUAAAAACUUAUUAACCUCGUCUGUUCGGUGAUUACAAGGAAAUCUCAGGUCUCGGUCUGAGAUUGCCCUGUAAUGACCUAAUUCUCGGUUAAUAAGUAUAGUAUUUACCAUACCCAGAAACAAAGUACGAUAAAAUGUAAACCAAGGAUAAAAUUAAACCACAACAUAUACGUUUCAUAGAAAGAGUGGGUGAAUUGAUGGUGUGUAUGAUAUCUAGCGUCGGAGAACGAUUGAUAUUGAAGUAUUUUUUUUUUCAUUUCAGCCGAAGAAUAUGUGUUUCAUAUAUCGCAUAUUGAUCAGACUUACUCCUUCCGAGCAGAAACAAAAACUGAAAGGUACUUAUUGCACGUCAUUAUUUUAUAAUAAUAAUAAUAAUAAUAAUAAUAAUUUUAUUUAUAUAGCGCUAAAAUCCAAUAAUUGUCCAAAGCGCUACCUAAUUACAAAAUAAAAUAUAAAAAAAUAUAAAAUAUAAAAUAUCUACAAUAUACAAUAUAAUUCAAAUAUAGCCUUAGUUAUCUACUAUAUAAAUCAAAAACAUCUCAAAACAAAAGGAAUCUCAUAACCUAUAUGCUAACGUAAAUAAAAAAGUUUUAAGGGAUUGCUUAAAAGUUGCCACUGAAACACAUUUCCUAAUCUCUAGAGGUAAAUCGUUCCACAAUUUAGGUCCUGCAAUAGAGAAAGCUCUGUCUCCAUAUGUUUUCAAUCUGCUUCUUGGAACCAAUAAAUAUUCUUUACAUGAAGAACGCAAUGACCUAGAGUAUGUUUUAAAAUUCAAAAGGUCAGAAAUAUAAGAAGGUGCAAGGCCAUGAACCUAGCCGACUAAAGCUAUAUAUUUUAUGUUAUUAGCUGUACUUUAAAAUUAUUUUGGAAUAGCUAAAGUCUUUGCCCCAUCGACCAAAUAGUCACAAUCGGUAUGUUUAGAUUUCGAGCCUUCAAAUCAAAAUCAUGUCAGCCUGGAACCAGUCUCCUUGGUGGGGAGAAAGGGAAACAUCGGCGAACGAAGGCUUUGUCCCUCGCCAUCUCCUCGCGUUUUUACUUCCUCUUCCUCCAUAAGCCUGUUCACAGAAUCAUGUCAAGUGACUAUUUCUACCUAACUUUGGCUAGCAAUAUUACCUAAUGCGAGCAAAUAAAAACUCAAAUGUGAGGUGCCAAUAAUGCCUUAAUUCAACAGAAAUCGGUGGAUGGAAUUGAUCGAGAAAGCGUCAGAGACUUACAUUGAAACUGAGCGGGAAUUAAGACAAAAGGCUCACAGAGGUGCGUUAAGCGAUACACAUGUCCACCAGUCUGUCUACCUGUCUCUCUGUAUGUCUGUUAGCCUGUCUUUGUGUCCGUCUGUCUGUCUGUCUACGUGCCUGCCUGCACGUCUGUCUGUGUCUGCCCGUCUGUCUCUCAGACUACCUACCUGCCUUUGUGUCUGUCUGUGUCUGUCUGUCUGUCUUUUUCUGUCUGCCCGUCUGUCUUUCUGACUAGCUACCUGCCUGCCUGCAUGUCUGUCUGUGUCUGCCUGUCUGUCUUUCUGACUACCUGCCUGUGUGUAAGUCUGUCUGUCUGUUUGUAUGCCAAUGUGUGUCUAAAAAAACGAAUAAUUGCUCUUAAAUUUUCUACUUGUGUGGGUGUAUUUUAUUUAACCUUUUCGCCAUUCAUUUUGUUAAUCCUUAGCGCGUUCAAUCAAGACCGGAGGAAUAGGAAAACUCAAAGUCACUUUUAUAGAGGGUGUUGAUUUAAUUGCCUCUGAUCCAAAUGGUGAGUCCUCAGUUGAGAGAGUUUAGUCACUGCUUAAGUAAAACGCAUUUGCAAGGUAAGUCUACUAGAAAAUCUAACGAACGCAUAGGACUGGAGGGCCUCAAAAAAACGUACCUACGGGGCUAAAAGCACUUCUGGAAAAGAACUGAAUUUAAAAGCCCGCUCGCGUGGCAGUAGCCUGAGAAAACAGCCGACAUUUGGCGACGCUACCACUGGUUUCCCCGCCAAAUGACAUCUGAGAAACUAUACCCAGAUCUGGGUAGUGCGUCUGAUUGCUUGAAUCAAAUUUCCCACGCGGCACGACCAAUGAAAAGCACUACCCAGAUCUGGGUAGUGACGCGUCAUCAGUAUGGAAUUUCUGAGCUCGUUUCUCAGACGUCAUUUGGCGAGGAAACUACUGGUAGCGACGCCACGUGUCGGCUGUUUUCUCAGGCUAGCGUGACAGGAGCAUGCAAGGUAGUCCCAUUCUCCUCUGUAGCCGUGCAAGGUAUAGAAUGUCUGAGUAUGAGGUUUUGCAGCGAAAUGAAUUGUUGAUGUGUGUCUUGGUUAUCAAUUAAUGAUAUGCAAAUAGUUGUAUAAAAGUGAGCAACCGCCUUGUACUCGUCUCCUGUUCCCUGUAUCAAAAGGUUGGCGCUGCGCCCAGUCUUCCGCGAGGAAGCCGGUGUUAAGUCAUGAAUAAUAAUACCUAGGAUAAUAAUUACACUUUAUGAGCCUAAACAGUACUACAAGAAAGUAGUAUGCAGUAGCUUUCAUUUGAAUAGUCUCAUUUUGAGAUCUGUAACUAAUUAACAAGUUUUUCAGGGGAAAGUCACUGCUCAUUUGCUUCCAUUAUUUACUUUGUCCAUUCUCUAGUCAAAUCAAAUCCGCGAAUUGAGCAAAGUCUCGUUUCCAUACAGAACAUUAACUACGGCGGCGCUAUUUUUUGUAUAAUUGUUUCUAAAUGGUCUUUUUAUGUAGACAAUUCUAUUAUCGCUACGAGCAAUUUUUUUCUUUUGUGUCAGAUCAGUCAGACGUUGGUCGCCACCUUACAGCGGUUGGUCGGCUAUCUGAUAAGAAAUAUAAAAGCUUUAUACUUCUUGGUCCAUUUCCUAAUCAAAACACAACGAUAAAGUCUGAAUUCCUUGGAGAACAAUGACCACGACAUUAAUUUCUAAACCUAAACACCCGCUGGAUAUAUCACUUGUACAACUGAACACCAAGCACUCUGUAAUAACUUUAAUUUUCUUGACCUCCAUUUAACAGCCAACAACUCCUUAAAAAAAACGAGUUAAAGUUUGUUUUUGAAUGUCGCAAACAAUUGGCCAACAUUUGACAAAUUGAACGAGAUGGAAUAAUCGCGAUAAAGUUUGAAGCGGAACGAAUUCACUUUUCAAGCGACGUUUUCGUAACCAUCGCCGUUGUUGUUGCUUAAGCUCCCUAUAUUCGGCGUCGUAUAAGCGCAAUCGAAAUGCUGCUUUCGCUAGAUCACAACCUCCAACGCCUUUAAAGACGAUUAGAACUCCCACUCCAUUCUUGAGUCGGCGCUUGCGUUUGUGUUUGCAUUUGCCUUGAGCCAUUUCACACGUGUAUUUCCUUGAGUUUGCAUUUGUGUCUCAAGCCCGGGGGAAUCCGCAUAUGAAAGGAGUGGGGAUAUAUAUAUAUAUUGUCUGUGUUUUACCAUGGUCUCUUUUAAGGGUCCAAAAAACCUUGAGCCACGCCCAGAUUGGUCUCCUUUAGGGGUUUAAUUCAAAAUUUCCGACGAGUAUCCCCACCCCUUUCAUAUGCGAAGCCUCCCCCGGGGUCUCAAGUUUGAACCCAGCUUUAGUUUCAACACGUUCUUCUUAUUAUUUCAUUUGAUUUGUCACACUUUAGGAUUUUAUUCCCUGACUCAAAAGUUAAGCACCUCAACGGACAUAACGAAUAGUACAAAAGAAAUGUAUUUUCCAAAAGUUCUUAAUUGAUUAGUUAGUCUUAUUUCGAUCAGAAGUACAAAGCCCUGCUUUUAGCUGUCAUUUGAAUUUUAUCUCCCGACACAAGCGUUAGACAGUCUUAAUGUAAUGCAUUUUUGUUAGGAUGUGAAGUGUUCCAUUUGAGUUUAUGAGCUUUUUUUGCAACCCAAAUUGCACGAAAAAUACAACUUUGAAAUCCUCUUCUAAUUAUAUUAUACCUAUUAUCGGAACCUUUUGUAGUUGGCACGACAUGCAGCGUUGAUUUAGGUUAAUGAAAAAAAAAACACUUUUAUUUUCCAAUUAUCAUUCGCAACACGUCGUUAACACCAGACACAAUGGCAAGUGUUCCACAGUCGAUAAUAGUUUUUAAUCAAAAUUCAAAAUGUUUACAGUUGAUAGAUGAUAUUGCCUCCGAAAAGCAAUUUAUCGGUCUUAGAAAAGUUAGGAUAUAGUUAGUAUGAGUUGCCUUUACAUGACCGAUUGCUUCUGUGUUCUGAAUGUAUACGCUUAGAAUUGUUUUGCCAAUCAAGCGAUCUCGAGGAAAACCAUACCCGAAUUACAUUAAAACGGAUCAUUUCAUAUAAUCUGGAGUUACGUUUAUCAAAGAUAGAGACCAAAGAAACACUAUCUUAAGAACUGGCGUUUAUUUGUUAUGUACACAUAUCUGCUACGUGGAAUAUUUCAAAGCACUUUGCAGAUAAGGGCAUGAACGACAACAAGCAACGCGUCUGAUAUGACACUGAGCGUUGGUCAAAGUGCCGUUUAUUUGUCAUGUACACAUAUCUGCUACGUGGAAUAUUUCAAAGCACUUUGGAGAUAAGGACAUAAACGACAGCAAGCAACGCCUCUAAUAUGGCACUGCGCGUUGGUCAAAGGGCUGUUAGCAUAAUUUUCCUAGUAUUUAGACUUGAUAUUUGUUUUAGUAUAUGCAUUGGAUUAUAUUUAAGUAACCAGGCGAAAAAAAAUCGUGCUUAUUUGGGAGAUCGCUUCAAUCAAUAGUUUCUAAAUACCGGCCGUUUUUUUUUUUUUUUUUUUUUCGUAGUUGUUGUUGUUCAAUUUACGACAUGUAGGGCUUGUCAUUUUCUUAAUAAUUAGGAUUGACAAGUUAAAGGAAUGGGUUUUUUCCUUGUAGAAUCCUCUGCUAAUAAGGCGUGUUUUUAGAAUACGAUUUUUAAUAUGAUUAUGUCUUGCAAGAUUUUCGACGGUCUCAAAUUUGGAUUUAAGUAAAUCAAAAACCCCACAUGCAUCGUUAUUUAGUGAUUUCGUCGAUGUAGUUCUUUAGUCCUGGUAAAUUAUAUGCAGACUCAACGUAAGGUCAGGUGCGUAACAAACGGAGUUUUAUCUCUUGUAAAACCUCUUUAAAUGCUUUUCUGUAAUUUGAGCUACCGACAGCGUAGGUAAUCGGAUUAAUACUCGAACUACAGUAGACUAAAAAAUAGGAGAUCUUAUAGAACGUGUUUUCCUGGGGAAUGUCAGUGGCCGUGGCUAUCGCAUAAGGGAAAAAGCAAAGCACAAAUACGAUUGUUACUAUCAACAACAUUGUGACGAUCCUUCGUUUAAUCAUUGCGUCAGUUUCAUCUCCUGUAUUCGCGUUCGAUGAGCAUAUAGUGUUGGUAAAGUACAUCCCCCUGAUGAUACUAAAAUAGCACACGGUCAUGGUUAUAAAGGCGGUUGUUAUUAUAACAGCGAGCACAAUCCAGUAAGCGUUUGCAUUUGUCGAAGAGGUUGGCCACAGUGUCGCGCAACGCUUUCUUUUCUCGUCGAAUGUCAUAAAUACGAAGAGCGGGGUGACGUAAGCGAUGGCGAAAACCCAGAUUACCGCAAUAACGUAGACGACAUUGUCUUUGUUUAAGCGAGAAGGCGUCUGUAACGCGCGCACCAGCGCUUUGUAGCGUUCUACGGAGAUUAAAGUGAGCGUUAGUCCAGACACGAUCAUGCCUACACCUCCAAUGCUGUGUGUAGUGAUGAAUUUACACAGGAAGCUACCGGUUUGUCCACUCGGAUGUGUAGUGUAGGCGAGAAACGUCCCUGGCAUACACCACACAAGGGUAAGAAGGUCAGCUAUGGCCAGAUUAACAAGAAGGAAGUUCAUUGUGGAAUGCAUGGAUCUCUUUUUCCGAACCACGUGUAUAACUAGCGAGUUACCGCAGAUACCAACCAGUACUAUAAUGCUAUAUGCUGUGACAAGUACUGCGUUAGCGCUGUCAAUCCGCAUUUUAAGAUACUCCAUCACCUCCAGCGUUCGCUAGGUCUAAUACGUUUCGCAACUGCGUUGAAGCAAUUUUGAUAGUGUGUUAUACUUCAGUAUUGAUUUUCCAGUCGAUCCUCUCUCUACUAUCUCCUUUUAAUUCCGAGGUUUGCAUUCACCUUUAACAAAGAUUAAUCUCCGGUCUUGCUUACUUUGUUCAAAGUAUCAGAGCGUAGUUUCGAUAUCAGUUGUUGCGCAACUCGUGUUAGUUCUCAGUGUUUUGUUCUUGGUAUACAACUGUAUUUGUCAAUUUUAGUCAGCUCUUGAUUUUAGACCUGAGCGGAAUUCUUCGGAGCCCCUUCUUCUACUCGCCUUGUAUAAAGUUGUUUUCCAGUGUCAUUCAGCGUUUUAUUCGUUUAACGACUGGAAUCAAUUGCUGAAAAUUUUCAUCCCGUCACACUCAGCAUCUGGCAGCUGUUAUUGACCAUUCAGGAUCUUUAUUCGUUUCCCAGUUGAAUAAAAGUCUUGAUCUUUUUCGUAGUAUUUACCUUUGUGUACUUUUCUACAAUUAAUUAGAACGGUUGACAGCAGUUGAAUUAUGAGCUAUACUGAGAGGCGUUCGUCAAAGAUUUCUUUGGAGUUUAAUCUUGAAAUCCCGCGAUCUUUAGCCGAGAUCCUUUUAGUUUUGAGCAGUGCGUUGAAUAAGUAUCAGUUUUGACCUAGAAAAACAGCCGAAUGAAAAAGCAUACAGUUAAAAUCGUUGGAAAUGAAUUAAAAUAUUUAAGUAGUCAUUAAAGAGGCGGAUAUUUUGGUCAUCAACCUUUUCAAAAUUGUGCUUUGCUGACGGAGACCGCCAUUGUCUUUCACCCAAAACCAUUAAGUUAAAGUUUCGGGUUUAUAUUUUUCACCAAAUGUUUAUACUCACUGUUGUCAUUGUGUUUGCCCAGCUUCCUACACCUUUCAAAAUAAGAACCAUAUGAAUAUAAGAUGUCUUUUAAGUUCUUGUUGCUUCAGGCGCAAGUCAUUAUUUUACUAAGACUGACUUCCGAAUGUAGCGACAUAUAUGAGGGACACAAUACUCCUUGAUUUAAAAUUUUAAAAUGACUUAAAAGAAAAAAAUGCACAUCUAUCCACUUUCCCAAGGUCAAGUACAGCAGAAAGAACCGCAAACUUGUUGAACCUUUGCAGACCGAAACAUGUCCAGGAUCCGUCAAGACUUAAAUUCAUGUAUUUGCUUUUGAAUACUUAAGACUCUCGAACUGCGUAAUUGUUUAAUGGAACAUCUCUCUGUUUUAAAUACUGUGCUUGUUUAAUUGCCAUGGUUAUUAAUGCUGUUAUUGCUCUUGGCUAACCCAAGUCACAAAUGUAAAACUAAAUGCAUUCGGUCUGGGUUUAGUUGUUUACUGACGGUUCUUAACCUUCUUGCUCGGAAGUUUUUGUAUACGUUUUUUUCUUGACACACUCCUACUCCGCCAAACGACUGAAGUGUCUCGAAGUAAUCACGUUCAAAACCGCAAUGAGAUUGAACCUGAUUGCAGCAAAAUACGUGUCAGAAUUUGAUAUGGUUUUAUCUCAUUGUAAUUAGAAGAUUACAUGCUUGUCGAAUUUCCCUUUCUUUAAAUAAUAUAUGUUUUUUUGAAGACGGAGAGCAAGCUGCCCAUAUGUUACUAUUGGCAUUCCCUUUGUAUUAAAUAUGCAACAGAUUUAGAAUGCCGUUUAAAGAAAACGGUAAGUAUCAGAUUGAAGUUGACAAUUCUUUCAGAUCAUGUGAAUGAGCAGACUGUGUACUGUUGACUGUAUACUCUUCAAUAUAAUCCUUAUGGAUGAACCUGAUAUGAAGCUACUUAUUUUUAUGACGACAAGCACUUUCUCAGAUUUGUAAGUAUUAUUUUUGAACAAGUGAUAUAUACUUCGGACACUGAGAAUUGCGCCAGAAACUUAUCAUUAAAAGGACAUCAACGCUGAAGGCACAGAUACAUGCUUUAUACCAUUGCAAAUCCACCUUCGCAUUUGUAUUAAAAGAGAACGGUGGGGCGAAAAAAAGGCGUUUUAUAGUGAGUAAUCGACAUUACUAACUCAAUUGAUAAUACUUGUACGACAAUUUUGUGCGUCAUCAAGCUCUAGUUCAAGGUUACUGAUGUCCCAGAUCAGCUGAUCAGAUCAAAUUCUUGAUAUAUACUGGCUUGAGUUUCGAACACUUAUGUCGUAGUGAUGUGCCUACGUACUUUCACUAUUCCCUUAUCUUCAGUUGCAUCCGCAAGGAAAAGUCUGAAGGAAGGAAUGUUAGGAAUAGAGAAAAUGUUUAUUUCCUCUUUUAUUAUUAAUAAUAUAACCAAUAUAACUUGGCUUCACACUAGAACUCUCAAGUAUAAUCUAAGAAUACUUGAUUUGAGGGUGAAGGGGUGAAAUGUACUUGCUUAAACUUUACUUUGACCAUGGAAGCGUUCGUAGCUCAAAGAUGCCGAAGUUCGCCGCCAAGUAUGGGCUACACCACACUUGAGAACGCACUUUAUCAAUAAGAAAUGGAAGCCAUGCAUGUGCACGAUGUGCACGUGCAGCGGUUUGAAGAUUCUAAUGAACGGAGAGUUGACCGCUUUUCCUUUAUGUAAUAUACUUUGUCAACAAGUGUGAAGCCAGCCUCCUCCUCAGGCGCUUCGUUUUUCGCAAGGUAGAGGCAAGCGACUGGUGAUGAGCCGCAAGGGACCAUGGGAAGGGUACAAACGCGCGCGAGAGAGAGACGUCUGGGUACGAGGCAGGUGUGAAGCCAUGUUUUCUACAGAGCAACUUAGGAUUUUCAAGUGCACUUGAAUGAAGUGCUUACUUGAAACAAACUUAGCUUCUAGUGUGAAGCCAAGUAUUGUAACCGGCUAUAUCAUUAAGUGUGACCAAACAACUAAAACUGAACUGAAACUAAAACUAUAAUCUAUUCAGUUUGUAGUCUUGCAUUUCUUUUUCACUUCAGAGCUCUUUAGGAUUAUGAAAUGUAAACAGAGGUUACGUUUUACUCAGCCUGACGAAAGCAACAGCUUGUAAAAUGUUCAAACAACCUUCCUUAAAUGAAUACAAGUGAUCAAACUUUAACCGCAGGUCAGUGGUAUGUCCACUGCGAUGUAAGUUGUAAAACUUUUGAAAUAAGGCAACCAUGUUAAGUCCUAGGUGAAUAAAAUAUAAAGAACAUUUUGCAACUUGGGCAAAAGCGUCUCAAAGGAGAGAUGACAGAUGACGAGUCGCGUAAGCGAUGUUGAUAAGCUACAGCCGCGUGAAAAGCACGCGUUUGCGAUACUUGCCUUAGUAUAAAAUAUGUAUGGCUAAAGUUUCUUGCGCUUUCUAGCUUGCUCUUCAUCAUAUGCCCCACGAAAGAAACAGUUCACAAGCUAGGAAAAGUUGCUUGAAAAAUACUGAUUGAAAUGGGUCUCAACCGAAUUGAAGCAAUGGAGGGUCGCAAAAGCAAACAUUUCAAUGUAAAUUAAAACAGUGAUAAAAUGCAAUAAUAUUAAAAUUACUUUCGGACUAUAAAUUUGCUUGGAUACAGUUUGCUUCCAAAAUCAAUGUUUCAAUUGCUGGGUUUGUACUUAAUUUGAUUUUCACGCCUUAAGAAGACUAUAUGGAAUUAGAAUAACAUAGAGGUUUGUAAAAUAUGAUUGUAAGGAGCGACUUAGAAAAGAAACGUUCACUAACUUUCGACUGAUUUAAUAUCCACUAAUGUUUCAGUGAUCAACAAACUCAAACGAUUAAACCAUACUCAAGCAAUAUGUUAAAAGUGGCACAAGAACUACAAUAAAAAUAGCUCUACCUGAAUGAAAUGCUUCUUGGCUGUACAUAGAGCCGCCUUCGACAACCACAAACGUGAGACUUUCACCUGUGCACAGACUCGAAAGUUCCAUGUCCAAGUGCUGCUAUUAAACUUAACAAUAAUGCGCCACCCGUAAUAUUAGACUACCAGUCUACUUAGUUCGACCUGUCGGCCCCUAAUAGGUUCAAUUCUCAGUUUUCACUCACGUGAGAAAGGCGAAAUAAAAAUGGAAACCUUUUAAUACAGAAAGUCUAGAAUCUGGGAAAUGAAAGAAGAUAAAUAUACAAAAAGCCUUGCCAAGAAUCAGGUCUAUGCAAUAGUCCAUAUGCGAGAUAUUCGGAAAAAUGUUUUACCCAAAUUUAUUAAAUAAAGCUUUGUAUGGAGACGCCAUGUUUGUGUCCCUUUCAGGGGCACAAAUAUGGCCGCCGGAAACUAACAGAAACAUUUUUUUGUGUGUUUUCCUACUUAUGCGUGAAUUCCUGGCUUGAGGAACUCAUAAAGAUUAAAGCAAUAUUUAAUUCUAAGACAAGGAAUGUUUAGAUAGCAAAAUCUCCAAAAAUCCGUAAUGUCUUUAACCCACAUAAGAGCUUUCCCGGCCGCCAGCUGAAUGCCGCGUCACGCAAAAGCCUGGAAAUUCAAGCGUCCUGUAUCGCAAAACAAAGAACCCUUUUGAACCGAAAAUUUGUUGUAUAAGGUUUUAAGGUGCUCUAAUAUCGCAUGAAAGUAGAAACUCAGAAGAAGCGAUAGUUUCUUAGUUUGAAUUUUGGUGACGUCAUGUGAAAACCAAGAAUAAGAAUCUGAUGAAUUCAUAUUGGCUAUCGAUUAAGGCUUUUUUCUCAGUGAAUUUUCCAAUUUAAGCAAUUGGAAAGAAGAAGCCUGAAAAAAAAAUCAGGGCUUCAACGGGAUUCGAAACCGUGACCUCCGCGUUGCCGGUGCGUUGCUCUACCAACUGAGCUAUGAAGCCACACAUUGGGAGCGAGGUCAAUUUAUUGAGUUUUAUUGAUUUUCUUCAGGCUUCUUCUUUCCAAUUGCUUAAAUUGGAAAAUUCACUGCGAAUUCAAAUACGAAUUAUUUCAUAUACUUCACGUCAUUUCACUCCUCACGGGAGAUAUGAACUCAAUAAAUUGACCUCGCUCCCAAUGUGUGGCUUCAUAGCUCAGUUGGUAGAGCAACGCACCGGCAACGCGGAGGUCACGGGUUCGAAUCCCAUUGAAGCCCUGAUUUUUUUUUUUUCAG